CUUCCCAUUGAUAGGCAGAGGCAGCCAGCCAAUCCGAGGCCUCGCAAAGGGUCGGUGAAGCGGGAGGAGAUGGAAUUUCGGACGAGAAGCUUUGCGAAGGUUGCUAUGAGCCUGGCUUGGACGGGGGCGGGUCUAAAGGGAGUGACCAAUAGGCAGCGAGGAAAAACGCCGAUAGGCGGGCGAGGCGACCAACGGGGCAGCCCAGCAACUUUCUUUUUCUCCCACCCUAUUGGUGGGCGGUGCCAGAGAGGAGGUGGGGAGAGCUCGGUGUGGCGCUAAAGGCGCCGGGAGCGGGGGCGGGGCGGGUAGUGCGGAGUCGGUUCGAGCGCGCGCGCGCCGGGGGGAGAGGCGGCUCCGCAGACAGCGGACCAGCUUGAGCGGCCGAGAGGACGGCGCGGGCACGCGCGCGCGGAGAAGAGGUGAGGCGUGCGGGGAAAAGAAGGAGCGGGGAGGAAGCAGGGGAAGCUGCGAAUGCCCCCCUCUCUUUCCCCCUCCCCCACAUUUUCCCGCCUAGCCUGGACGAGAUGGGGAGGGGGGAGGCGAAAGCAGCGGGGUCUCUGCUCCCACCUAGACGGGGGGGGCGGUCCUCCUCCUCCCCGCUUGCCUCGCCUUCAUCUUCAGGCGUCCUCCCCUCCCACUCCACCUUCUGAGGGAGGUGCGCGAAACGAAUAGCCCACGUCCCCCCUCCUGGGAAAUAUGGGGGAAAUAUGAAUGGGGCUCGCCUGUAAUGGUCUCCCACCUCCCGUCCUUUCCAUUCCCCUCCCUUGCAACGCGCUGCAUGCGCGCCGGUGCAGACGUAUCCAAAAGGGCUGCCUGCUCGGGGCCCGGGUCGCCGAAAAGCGCACGUGUCCCUUUGUUUAAGGGGUGGGUGGGAUUGCUUGACGGCGUGGGGUAGGGUGAGCGGUUGAAGCCAGAGGGGUAGGCAUCGGUUUAGUCCGUAUGCGGCUGAGGUUUCGGUAGCAUCCAUCUCUGGGGGCCGUAUAUAGGGUUGGGGUUAGGGGCGCUACCCUCUCCCGCCCUCCGGUUGCCUUUUGUGUGGCCGCUAGGAAGGCGCCGGUUAGCCGUAACCCCGCUUUUCCAAAUAAUUUCCCUGCCCAAUGAAGAGGUCUUGACGCCCUUCCGUGGGUUGGCGGCGUCUGUUUCCUUCCAUCUUCCCGGUAAGGACUGGGAAGUUGUCACGCAGCCCUUUUGUGGGCUUCACCGUGGGUGCUGGUCACAACUGGUUCCAAACUUGGGAGCUGCUACCACUUAAUUUCGAAACUACCGGCCAGUUCACAACAAGCACGCAAAACUGCUUGACCUAGUGGGCUACGUAGCAUUGUUCUGUUCCUCAUGUGAGAUGCUCCAGGUGUAUGUAAGAUGCUUCAAUGUCCUUGAAAUGGCUGCACGGAACCUCUAAAACCUCGCCCCACCCAUCGUUUACUCUACUCUUUUCUUAUUCUGGUCACUGUUGUCUGAUGAUGUGAAAAGAGUGAUGUAGCCUGACAAGUGAUCUUUUCUUAACACUUAGUGCUGGUUUCUCUGAAUGGCAAACAACAGAGGUCCUAUCCAACUGUGUGACAAACUAAGGUUGCCCAGGUAACCCAUUUGGGAGCACACACACCCCUCCGCCAUGUGACUGUAUUCUUCCAGACCUUAAUGUUGAUUCCUUCUUUGCAUUGCUCUAGAAACUAGCUGAUGCACUCACCUGGAAUAUUGGUUGUAUAUUGGUUGCACAGUGUUGGUUGGCUACUUUGUUGUAUUACAAUGACACCUGGGCCUGCUUUGGAGUUCUAGCUUUAACCUAGAAAGGAAAAAUAAAUGCCUAUCAAUUUGCUGUGUAUGUAUGUAUUAUAUAUGUAUGUAUAUAAAUGUAUGUAUGUAUGUAUAUAAAUGUGCAUAGGGCAGCUGGAAGUAUAGGGCCCCGCUAGAAUAAUACUGCUAUAGAUGUCUCCAUGUGUUUUCAAAGGUGCCAUCUUGAUUUCAGUCAAAUUUGUCUGUAGCAUCUGUAGAGCUACUGGCUCUUACUUUGGGCAUGAUUUAUUUGGGUUCUAGUUUCAAUUGGAGCAACCUUACUUCUCCUUAUUUUCCUUCUUGGAACCUUCUUUUGAGCAGUUUAUUCUAAAGCACUAUUUCUCCUUAGCUCUGCUUACUGUAGUCAUUUCUUGGUCUACUGAUGUGAAUUCAUCUGGUCUGCAGCAAGUAAGGCAGGCUGCUUCAUGGCCCUCUGGUGGAUUGAAUGACUUCACACUUUAUUCAGCUAUAGUAACUUAUCAGUCUGACAUGUAGGUGUCUCCCUUGAAGGAGAAUAGACUUGAAUGGGUUGUAUUCAACUAACUUGUACUCAAUGUAGACCCAUUGAAAUGAAUGCCCGUGAUGAAGUUCGGUCCAUUCUGAGUAAAAGUUAGUUGAAUACAACCUAAUGCAUGCAUAAUUCUUAAAACUGCCUCCUUUAAAAUGAGUGUUGGAUUGUUGUACUGGUGAGAGGCUUAGGCUGGGUUAGGACUCUUAGUAAAAAUUGUUCCAAGAUGGUGGUGAACAAGUCAGCACAAAGCAGCCACCCAGCAGAGAAAACUGUGACCUGUUUAUCUAGAGCAGUGCAGGAAAUGUUAUUAGCCUGCAUGCCGGAAUCCAUGGCAAUAUUUGUAAAUGAAUGUUACGUUGGGCAACUUUAUUUUUAUUUUUUGGUAAUCUUUACAAAAAUGUUGUCCAUUAUAAUAAAAUGAUUUAUAUGCUAAAAAAUAGGAUAGCAAACACUUGCAUUUGGAAGGCGUCCUAGUAAAACAUAAUUGCAUGAUACCUACUUAACACAUCAUGAAUUUUAUCUUUCAUGGGAAGAAUUAACAUUUUAACUUGCUUGACCAUGUUUUUAGACAAAACAGGGUUGGGUUGGAUAUAGUAGUUAUGCAAUGCAUCAAAUAAAUCAAUGAAGCAAUAUGUUUCCUUAACUUUAGAUAGUGUCCUCUUCACUGUUAAAUUGGAUAUAUUUCAAAACAUCACCAGUUGCAUCAAAUCUGAACAUCUGCCCUUUGAUUGCCUUACUGUUCCAGGAUCAGUAAAACUUUGGUUCAGCUCCAGAGCACAUCCAAGUGAAUUUGUUGGCUGGCAUUUUGUGUCUGUAGUAAGUUUCAGGUAACUUAUUAUUAAAGGAAAUGCACAGCACAGAACUUCAUUUUACUUGGUCUCUUAAGUUUCUGCCUAAAUUUCUUAAACUUGAUUCUGUGCUGACAAUAUAUUUCUAAAUGCGUGUCUUGACUAUGGCAGAAAUAAUGUAAUUUCAUUUAAACUGCUGUAAUUGAUUAUUUUCAGAAGUAUUACUUAUUCUGCUUUGGAUCAACAUUCCCAUGUUUAUGUUCCAGUAUUACACAUAGUCUCAACAUUUAUUUUGCAGUCAUAGCUACUAACAUGCAUUUUAUGUCACCUAUGCUUAAGUGCCAUGCUUAAGUUAUGCUGGUCACUAUUUCUAGACUUAUGACCAAGCUGAUCUGAGUUUAGGAAUUUUAUUCAAGUGAUUCGCCUGAAGAUUUAAGUAUGGCUGGUAUUACAGCAUUGGUGGGGAACCUUUGCUUUUUUUGGUCAACAGCCACAUGCUGGUAGUCGAAAUGGAUAUGCCAAAGCCAAAAGUACACAGGACCAGGGGGCGGGCCCUUUCCUUUCUUUCUCUGGAAGCACAAUCUCUUAUUCCCUGCCCAGCUGGCUGCUAAAGGAGGAACUGAUUACUUUUCCCAGAGAAGCGGGUAGCUUUUGUAAUUAGGCUCAGGGCUGUAGGUUACCCAUAAGGAAUAAUUUUGUAUCAAAAGAAGGAUUGGAGCAGUCAUAGGCAAACUCGGCCCUCCAGAUGUUUUUUUGAGACUACAAUUCCCAUCAUCCCUAGCUAACAGGACCAGUGGUCAAGGAUGAUGGGAAUUGUAGUCCCAAAACAUAUGGAGGGCCAAGUUUGCCUAUGCCUGGAUUGGAGAGUUAAAGAUAAUAGGUUAAUUGGGUAUUUAUCUUCAUUCAGGGGAAAAGGUGCUAGGAGGAGAAUACAGUGGUAGAAUCAUAGAAUCAUAGAGUUGGAAGAGACCACAAGGGCCAUCGAGUCCAAACCCCUGCCAAGCAGGAAACACCAUCAGAGCACUCCUGACAUAUGGCUGUCAAGCCUCUGCUUAAAGACCUCCAAAAAAGGAGACUCCACCACACUCCUUGGCAGCAAAUUCCACUGUUGAACAGCUCUUACUGUCAGGAAGCUUUUCCUAAUGUUUAGGUGGAAUCUUCUUUCUUGUAGUUUGGAUCCAUUGCUCCGUGUCCGCUUCUCUGGAGCAGCAGAAAACAACCUUUCUCCCUCCUCUAUGUGACAUCCUUUUAUAUAUUUGAACAUGGCUAUCAUAUCACCCCUUAACCUCCUCUUCUCCAGGCUAAACAUGCCCAGCUCCCUUAGCCGUUCCUCAUAAGGCAUCAUUUCCAGGCCUUUGACCAUUUUGGUUGCCCUCCUCUGGACACGUUCCAGUUUGUCAGUGUCCUUCUUGAACUGUGGUGCCCAGAACUGGACACAGUACUCCAGGUGAGGUCUGACCAGAGCAGAAUACAGUGGCACUAUUACUUCCCUUGAUCUAGAUGCUAUACUCCUAUUGAUGAGGCCCAGAAUUGCAUUGGCUUUUUUAGCUGCCGCGUCACACUGGCUCAUGUCAAGUUUGUGGUCAACCAAGACUCCUAGAUCCUUUUCACAUGUACUGCUCUCAAGCCAGGUGUCACCCAUCUUGUAUUUGUGCCUCUCAUUUUUUUUGCCCAAGUGCAAUACUUUACAUUUCUCCCUGUUAAAAUUCAUCUUGUUUGUUUUGGCCCAGUUCUCUAAUCUGUCAAGGUCGUUUUGAAGUGUGAUCCUGUCCUCUGGGGUGUUAGCCACCCUUCCCAGUUUGGUGUCAUCUGCAAAUUUGAUCAGGAUGCCCUUGAGUCCAUCAUCCAAGUCGCUGAUAAAGAUGUUGAAUAAGACCGGGCCCAAGACAGAACCCUGUGGCACCCCACUAGUCACUCUUCUCCAGGAUGAAGAGGAACCAUUGAUGAGCACCCUUUGGGUUCGGUCAGUCAGCCAGUUACAAAUCCACUGAGUGGUAGCAUAGUCAAGACCGCAUUUUACCAGCUUCUUUACAAGAAUAUCAUGGGGCACCUUGUCAAAUGCCUUGCUGAAAUCAAGGUAGGCUACAUCCACUGCGUUCCCUUCAUCUACCAGGCUUGUAAUUCUGUCAAAAAAUGAGAUCAGGUUAGUCUGACAUGACUUAUUUUUCAGAAAUCCAUGCUGACUAUUGGUGAUCACAGCAUUCCUUUCUCGGUACUCACAGACUGUUUGCUUAAUGAUCUGCUCUUCCCCGGUAUUGAUGUCAGACUGACUGGGCGGUAAUUAUUUGGGUCCUCUCUUUCCCCCUUUUUGAAAAUAGGGACAACAUUUGCCCUCCUCCAGUCUGCCGGGACUUCGCCGGUUCUCCAGGAAUUCUCAAAGAUGACUGCCAGUGGUUCUGAGAUCACAUCUGCCAGUUCUUUUAAUUCUCUUGGAUGCAGUUCAUCUGGCCCUGGAGACUUGAAUACAUCUAGACUAGCCAAGUAUUCUUGUACUAUCUCCUUAGUUAUUCUGGGCUGUGUUUCCUCUGCUGAAUCAUUUGCUCCAAAUUCUUCAGGUCGGGCAUUGUUUUCUUUAUCGGAGAAGACUGAGGCAAAGAAGGCAUUGAGGAGUUCAGCCCUUUCUGUGUCCCCUGUUUGCAUUUCACCAUCUUCUCCUCUGAGUGACCCCACUGUUUCUUUGUACCUCGGGUUAAGUACUUAAUUCGUUCUGGAGGUCUGUUCUUAACCUGAAACUGUUCUUAACCUGAAGCACCACUUUAGCUAAUGGGGCCUCCUGCUGCUGCCGCACCUCCGGAGCAUGAUUUCUGUUCUUAUCCUGAAGCAAAGUUCUUAACCUGAAGCACUAUUUCUGGGUUACCGGAAUCUGUAACCUGAAGCAUAUGUAACCCGAGGUACCACUGUACUUGUUUUAAGUUGAUUGCGCAUCUCCAGCCAAAAAUCCCCUGAACUAAGGUUCAGACUGCUAAAUGGUUUCUCGGAGCUCCUGCUUAUAAUUCAUCUUUACGCAUCCCAUUGAAGACUUAGAUAGGGCCUGCUGGAAGACAGAAUGAAAGGAAACAUUUCUUCUACCACUCUAGUCCAGGGUCACUUGAAGGACAGUAAACAACAUGCUGAAGAUAUGGUAUUACAGUAUAGUUCUUCCAGAUGAGAAGGAUGGGGAAUACCCCUAAGUUCCUCAGCGUUUAUCAGGCCUGCUAUGGAUGGAAUCUUUACUUUUGUUACAUUGGAAUUUUGCCCUUUGAAAUCUCCAAGCCCCCACUUCUGUUCAGUGUUAGAAACUCAGAUAUAUAAGCUAGGUGCCAAAUGGCACCUUAAACCUAGGUUACAGUCGCCACAAUGGAUUUGAUAUCCUGCUUUAUCACUACCUGAAGGGAGUCUCAAAGCAGCUAACAAUCUCCUUUUCCCUUCCUUACCCACAACAAACACUCUGUCAGGUGAGUGGGGCUGAGAGACUUCAGAGAAUUGUGACUGGCCCAAGGUCACCCAAUAGCUGCAUGUGGAGGAGCAGGGAAUCAAACCCGGUUCACCAGAUUACGAGUCCACCGCUCUUAACCACUACACCACACUAGGAGGUUGGGCCAGAUGACCCUCGGGGUCUCUUCCAAUGCUACAAUUCUAUGAUUCUGUGAUCUCAACUACGUUGCUUGACUGUAGCUUCCUCUUACAACAGUUCACUUGUCCCAGUAUGCAAGAAGUAGAAAAACACACAGUGGAAAUUCACUCUGGACUAAGGCAGAGGUUUUUAAACAUGUGUUUGCCAUCUUUGGUGUCCAGAAAUCUCAAGGUAGUUGCAGUUGGACCUGUGCCAGUAGCAAAAUGUGCCUGGCGCUUGGGGAAUUUCGAACACUGCUUCUGUUUGCCUACCAUCUUCCAGCAGAGCCUAGCUGGCAACUCAGCUGGUUUAUCCUCCUUCAGAAGUUGCUGAUGCUUCUUAUUAUGUAUUGGACAGGUAGUUGUGAAACUACUGAAUGCACUGACAGCUAUGGAGCUGUCAUGGAGUGGUAAUCCAUUAUUUCUGUUACUGCACCAAAAACAAAUUGUACAGUACUAAAUAUAACUUUAUAAAGUAAAAGCCAUUCUAUACAGAAACUGGUAUCCUGUAUCAAAGUACUUUGGCAUAGGAAAAUGCAGUGUAGUGUACAUGUUUAAUUGAAAAUAAGCCCCGUAGAGUUGAAUAUUUGUCCCUAGCUUAAAUGUUUAUAAGAUUGCAGCCUUUGGUUUGACUGGACCGUUAAGUUCAAUCAACUGGAGUUUGUCCACAGACAGCUUUCUGAGUCAUGUGGCCAGCAUAACUAAAACGCAUCUGGUGCAAUGGGACAACGUGACGGUAGCCAGAGCACAUGGAAACGCUGUUUACCUUCCCGCGACUCUGGUACCUAUUUAUCUACUGGUGCUGUUACGCUUUCGAGCUGCUAGGUUGGCAGGAGCUGGGACAAAACAAUGGGAACUCACCCAUCGCUUGGAUUCAAACUGCCGACCUUAUGAUCAGCAAACCCAAGAGGUUUGGUGGUUUAGACCACAACGCCACCUUUGUCUUGGUGGGCUGCAGUGUCAGUGCAUUGAAAGUAAAUGGGAAAAGCAAGCUGAGAUGCAGAUACUUGCAUGGCUACAGAUGGGGCUCUUAUUAAGCAAAGAUGAGCAUUACAUUGGAGCAAAUAUGCUUUCUUACAGAAAUGGCCUGGUUUCAUAGGAUGUUUCGCUUUCAUAAGCACCCAUUUCUGCAGAAUCUGCUAAAUCCCCUAUUUGGGUAUACAUCCUUGAGAUUAUUCAGUGCUCUAGCUGUAGAAUCUGCUGAGUUUGAGAAACCAGCCAAUUCAGGUUCAUGUAUUAAUAGUGACUGCUACUUCUGUUUUCAUUUUUCCCCCCUAGGUUGCAGUUAUUUGUUAAUUCCCGCAUGAUGGCGCAGAGGAUAGGACAGGAGGACCCUGAGAGAUAUCUCUUUGUGGACAGGGCAGUAAUCUACAACCCUGCUACACAGGCUGACUGGACUGCUAAAAAACUUGUGUGGAUUCCUUCAGAACGUCAUGGCUUUGAAGCUGCAAGCAUCAAAGAGGAGAGGGGAGAUGAAGUGCUGGUUGAACUGGCUGAGAAUGGGAAGAAAGCAGUUGUCAACAAAGAUGACAUUCAGAAGAUGAACCCUCCCAAAUUUUCUAAAGUGGAAGACAUGGCAGAAUUAACCUGCUUAAAUGAGGCCUCUGUUCUACAUAAUUUGAAGGACCGAUACUACUCUGGGCUCAUUUAUGUAAGUAAUAAUUAUUUGACUGGCCUUUACUGGACCAUGGAGCCACCAACAACAGCUUCCUUAUUGACUGAAAUGUGAAAAAGUACCUGUAUCAUUUUUAAUGCCAGCCUGAUGUUAUGUAUAACUUGUAACUUGAUCCACAGUGUGGUUAGGGUUCUGAUAAUCGCCCUACUUUUUCUUAUUAGAUAGUCUGUGGCUCUUGGUACUUUUGACUGUGGGGUAGUGAUAAGGUGACCAGGACACACAAAACAUUUUUGAAUGCUUCAGCAUUUGUGGCCAGGAAGGCUUUGGAACUUUGGUCACGAACAUCUCUUCAUUGUGUGACUGGAACCUUUUCUUUCCAAGCUUCUUUUGUUCUUCGAUUUGGGGUGGUAAAAAAGAAUGAUGAGGUUUUCGCCCCUGGGCUUGGUCAUAGUUUUGGGGCAUAGACAAGUAGUCAGUAGCAGUCAAGAGAGGUGGCAUGGGUGAAACAUUGCUCUCCUACCUUCCCAAAGCAUCACUGUUGUUACUGAGAGGGGGAGGGACAAAGCAGCAGGGAGCUAAUCUGACUCCCCCCAAUGCUGUGGCCUUGCCUCCCCCUCUUGGGUAACUGGCAGCAACAUGCAGUGUUAGGAAAAUAGGAGAGCUGACUUGCAAGCUGCUAUUGCAACUGGUGAGGAUAUGCAGCCUUGACUUUUUCUUCCAAGGCUGCACCUGUCCUUAGAAUGCUUAUUCAGUGUUUGGACAUGGUCAGGAGCUGAAGUGAACCAGCUGAAGUUGAAUCUUGGCAAGGUAGAAGUGAUGAUGAUAGCUGGCAGGUCCUGUGGCCUUUGGGAGUUUAGGAUUCCUGUUCUAGAUGUGGCUUACUUCCUCCUUGUCAGUCGAGUUUAGUAAUCGCUAUGCAUAUUCAGCUUUGUUGGCUGGAUUUCAGCUAGACAUUUCUGCUUGAUGGUUGGCAUCUCUUAUUGUUGGAUAAUUCAGAUUACCUUCAAAGGACCAGACACCUGUAAUGUGCGCUUGUGUGGGGCGUGCCCCUGAAAACAGAAUUUUCCACAGGCACAGAAUGUGGUAGAUUAUCUAGGGCUGGGUUUGUUGGAACCAAAUUAUAUCUGUGCUCCGAAGUACAUAUUGCAUCUGUAAUUGUGUCCUGUGCACAAUGCAAGGUGCUAGUUUUGACUUACAGGCAUGGCUUAGGUAUGACAGUAAUGGCCAAAUAAUAUGUGUUUUAUUUGACUGAAGAAAGGAGCAUUGUGCCUAUUUUUUCCUCCUCUUUUCACUCACAUGCCAUAAUAUAAAACUUUUAGAGUUUCUUAAACCACCGUCUCCCUUUAUAUCUGAACCUAGAAACUGCUUUAAUAAAUCAGACUCUGUGUGGCAAUAGUUGAAUGAUAUCGAAGACAAGUGGUCUUCACUGGUGGCCCCAUACUCAUGGAAUACAAUCCCCCAAGAAAUACACAUGACUUCCUCACUAGCUAUUUUUAAAAAGUCUCACCAUUUUUAUAUUUUUAUGUGUUUUGCCUUGGUACCUCUUUCUCAGUCUUACUCCCACUCUGACUGUCUAUCAUAUUCCUUGCCAGAUUGUGUAUGACAAUGGACAUUGGGUCAAUUUGCAUUGGUGGACUUCUACUUCAAUGUGCCCCAUCUUUCAGAAUCUUAAUUGGCUGCUUGUUUGGCUUUACCAAAUUAAAUACAAAUAUGCCCCCUUUUAAAAUCACUCAACUUUCCCCCAUUUUUCAAAAAAUAGUAACAGUGGCAAUAUUUCCUCAGCCCACCUAAAUAACUCCCAAAGUCACCCUUCCACCCUUUACAUGGUUUUUGGAUAACAGUAAAUAACUUCACAUAAGCUUAUAAAUUCCUUCUCCCCUCCCUCCAAUACUAAAUGUAGUCAAACUAUAGCAGUCUGCUGCAUCCUACAUACUCUAAUAGCUGAUUCAUGCUCUUCCCCUUCCAUACGUUCAUAUGUCAAGACACAACAAGAAAACUUGAAGCUUCAGGCUCCCUUCUGUCCUUCACUAAUAUAUUUCUUUCUUUCUGCUCUAUUUUCUCAAGACAGAAGAAAAAGCAAGGUAGAACUACAAAGGGGGGUGGGCGCAGCACAGUAUCUAGAAAUAACACCACCUUUGGGUCCUGGGUUUAUCCAUUGGUAUAUCCUACAUUUAUCCAAUGCACAUAUUAAGUAGGUAGUAAAAGCUCAAGGGGAAAGCUGUAGCUCAAUGGUAGGGCACAUGCUUUGCAUGUAGAAGAUCCUCAGUUCAAUUCCCCACAUCUCCACUUCUUUUAAAAGGGGGUAGCAGCAUUGGAAAGACUUGAUUUUGAUCUUUAGGUGACUCUCAGUAUAAAAAUUCUAAUGGAAAUGUUUAAAAUUUCAAAAUCUGAAUCUUUCCAUGCCAGAUCUGAGAUUGGUAACUUAUUUUGAGGUCUAGUUCAAAGUGAAUAACUAUAAUUCAACAAAACAGUUACUGUGUGGCAUGUUAUUGGCACUGGCCUAGAUCUUAAUUUCUACACCAAGAAAAAGAAGUCAAUGUUAAUAAUACCUGAAAUGUUUAAAUCACAGUAUUGAGUUGAGUCAUAUUAUACCACAUAUUCUAGGCAAACAGCCUAUGCAGCCUUCUGUUUUAGAAACACCUGAAGUGAAGAAAUUCAUAUUUAAAUUGCAUUAGGAAAGGAAAAUUUGUGCUUGAGCUAUAAAAUGGUAUUUGAAAGAGGAGCUGUAGCCAAAUGCAACGUGAAUCAGGAAAUACUGUACUGCGGAAAUUUGCCUUCUACUUUUCAAAAUAAACCAUGAAAAUCAAUACAAUGCAAAUUUACUUUGCACUGUGUUUUGUAUCAAGUGGUUGAUUUGGGCGUUUUUUGUGAGUUGUCUUAAGGGCUGCCCCCAGAGAGCUGAGAACGUGGUAGACAGUAGGGGGUUUAGGAGGAAGUGAUGAUGAAAUUAUGUGGGGUACAUAAACUUUACUUUGUGACCAGAGGCCACUUUUGAGCUUCUGUAGGAUGACUAGAGACUUGAUUUUAUUUUUUUAAAAAAACAGAAUUCUUGCUUUGGCUAUUGUGAUUGUACCAGCUACUAAUUUCUCUACAAAUUCUUCACUUUGCAGAAGUAUAGAUGUACCGGACUAAACUGCUAGGAUCAGUGUAAAGGACAUAUGCAUUCUGUGAUAAUGAAAUUAUAAUUAAAUUGGAUAUAAUAUUUUCCACUGCUUACAUGAUAAGCAAUUGAAAACCCUCCCAAAUUCAAGCAACUGAUAGCUUCCUUUUCUUGAAGAACAAGUCUUAGGUCUUAUUGUUCAAAAGGGGCUAGGAAUGCUGGAAUGUACUCUUGACAGGGUUCCACAAAUAUCCACACUCCAAUGAUAACUGUGACAGAUUGUACCAUAUUUUCCUUCAGGAUGCUUUGUGGGCUUUAUGUAGAUUUCAAAUUACUAAGCAAUACUGUCUAGUGUUGUAGUAGCAUUAAGUUUCAAAAACCUGCUGAUAAGGAGGCAGAAAUAAGUAUUCCCCCCACGCUACCUCAAGACACGAAUUCACUUUUUUUAUGUGUGUACUAUGAUCUGUUUUUCAUCUUGUUCAGUACUAUUAGGUUAAAUCUUCACACUAACAUGAGUUGUAGAACAGCGCACAUGAUGGUCUUCUCUUUUAUUGCUUUUUUUAAAAUAACGUUCCCAUUUCUAGGCUACUUAAUAGUAUGGCAUAGAUAAACUAGCCUUGUACUUAUGGAAUUGAGGAGCCCGCUAGCAGAAAAUAUUGUUCUGUUCCUCCUUGGGAAGUGGCAGCUGAAGUGAGGACCCCAAAUCCUAAGCAAGUUGUAGAACAGUGCACUACUGAGGAAGGGGAAUAUAGGACACAGGUUUAUAUGCUGCUACUGCUACAGAUUAUAUAUUGUUCCUUCACUUGAGAAGCAGAAUUUCAAAAAAGAUAUUUGGGCCUGUGUUUUAAGAUGGUCUAAUAUCUUUGGCUUAAAAUCUAGCAAGACUCUGACUUGCAGCAAAUGGGUAUCUAGUUAUGCAAAGAGGUACCAGCAUCAGUCUUGAGGCUAGAGCUUUUCCAUUAUCCAUGCCCAGACUGUGGUCAUAGUAUACAGUAGGCUUGCAACUUGCACAGGGUUAUUUUCAGAGGGAGUGUGCAUAAAGCUGAAAUCAUUUAUAAUCAGAACAACCACAGAUUUCCCCCCCUCCAUGUGACCACCCCUACCUUUCUGAAGCUGGUGCGCCGAGUGGGUCUUGCCCCACCCGGAAGGCAGAGAGAGCUUUUAAGCCCUCUACAUUGCUUAUUAGGCUCUGGGAAGGUCUCAUGCAGGUUCUGGAGGUUUCUGUGAGAUGUCACCAGCCCAUCCAAGAUCCAGUAAGCAAAGUGGAGAGCUUAAAAUCUUUUUCUGCACCAGCGAAAUGCAACACUCUUUCUAUGUGCUUGGUUGUCAUCUGAAUUUUUCCUCUGCUGGUUUAAGUAGGAGGGCAAGUAAACAUUAGCUCCAGACCUUGUGCUGUUCUCCCCAUCCCCGACGUUGACAUGAGCUAUAGCAGUAAACUAUCUUUUGCAGCUGAAGUCUUCUAAAAGACCCACCAAGUACCUUUAUUUCAAUAAUACUGUAGUGUGGAACAUGUCUCCCCCACUUGCUUGUUUGUAUCUAUGCAGGAGUGAAAUGUGUGUAAGCUAACAGGACAUUGUGUAUGUUUCUGAACAAAAACAAAGCAUUGAGCAUUGUGUGGUUAAGGACAGGAUGGAUAGGAAUCAGUGGCUCAGUUUGCAUGUCACGCUAAGCCAAAUUAUGGCAGUAUGUGAAAGAGCAAGCAUGUUUAGAAAAUAACAAGCAUCUUUCUCCUCUCUGCUCCUGCUAGGCAUGUGGUUUGACAAACCACAAGGUGUAAACCAAAAGCAAACCUUGGUUGCAGGACAAACCAUGGUUUAGACAAUCAAUGAGCCAUAGUUCAUGUGUAAUUCUAAGCCAAACCAUGGCUUAUUUUCCAACAGAGCAGUAGGAGUGAAUUAGCCACUAUUUUAUAACUCUACACCUGCAUGCUUUCCUGUUCACUCUUAUCCACAAUUUAGCAUCGUGAAUUAAACCAAAGAUAAUGGGGGAAAAGUUUUAUUUAUUUAACAAUCAGUUAAAAAAAAUAAACAGUAGUACAUACAGGUUAGGUUAAUGCAGGUUGGGAGAGACUAAUCAACUUUUCUUCCCCCUCCCUGUAGACAUACUCCGGGCUCUUCUGUGUAGUCAUAAAUCCUUACAAGAACCUCCCAAUUUACUCCGAGAACAUCAUUGAAAUGUACAGAGGAAAGAAACGCCAUGAGAUGCCUCCACAUAUUUAUGCAAUAUCUGAAUCAGCAUAUCGAUGCAUGUUGCAAGGUAAGAUGCACACUUUAAACGUAAAGUGUUAAGUAUGCAGCUGGGAAUCAUUUUCGGUAUCUGCCUUAUUCGUAUGCUACAUUUGCACCUUUCUGUCGGUAAAACUGACCUGUUUAUACUUUCCCAAUGACUUCAUAGGUUAUUUGAUAUAUCCAUACCAUGGCUACCAACGAAAGUUAUUAAGGUAGCUACCAGUGUAUUUAAAAGAAUGUUACGAAUCACAUUGGAGACAUCCUAAAUAUGGAUUUCACAAAUUUUGCUUACUGCACAGAUGUUUCAAUCAGUUUGUAUGCCAUAUUGUUAAACAGAGAAACACCCAAAUAAUGCACUAUAGAGUAAAACGUUACUCUACCUACCACAUCUUGCUAAGUUCUCAAUUACCCAAAUACCACUGUCUGACAAGUUCUUCGAUGCUGGUUAAAUUAAUUAAAACCUCAGAUGAAUUAUCUCUCCCCCUCCAAGCUUUUUAGUGAGAACUAAUUCUGAAACUGACAAUGGGGAGAGAGGGGUGAACCCUACUGUGAAGGUGCAGAUUUUCAAACUUCAUAUUUCCCUUGCUACUUGAGGAGUUGGAUGCAUGGCUUCUGUUUCACGCAUGAGAUGCUGUGAAAAAUGGCUACAAGAAGAUUAUGCUACAGCAUUUUCAGAGUUUCUGCACACUUCAAAGUGUUGAAUACGUAGCUGGGAAUCAUUUUCAGUAUCUGCCUAUCCAUAUGCUACAUUUUUACCUUCCUGUUGGUAAAACUGACCUGUUUCACUUUUCCCUUGGCCUUCAUAGGUUGUGGUUAUAUGAUAUAUUUAUACUCUGCCAUCUUAAGAACUUCAGUUAGUAGGCAGCCAAUAUACUUAAAAUAAAAUGGGGAAGACUUUUUAGGGCACCACACAUACACAAACACACACAGAGAGAGAGAUCUAGUUCUUGGCUUUUCCAAUUGCCGUUGUGCAACUGAAUCCUCUGACCUGGAAAUGUCCUCAGAAAUACUAGAUGUUAAGUCCUUUGCAAGUCUGGGCUACUCCACUGUUCAAAGCCUAUUGCCGGUACUCAAAUAUUCUGCCUUUUUAUCUAUCCUUUCAGGGUUAUGAAAGAAAACUUUGACUCGACUUAACUGUUCAGGGGUCUUUUAUGUUUACCUAUUAAAGAAAACUACAUGGAAGUAGUGGAUAUCACUUUGAGAUACUGGUUUUCACCCUGAUGUUUAUCAUUUUUAUGAUUUUUAAAAUUGAGUUGUAUUUGUCAUUUUCCCAUGCAUUCUCUCAGUUUGGAGAGAUCCUUUUGGAAAGCUUCACAACACUGCUUUGUUUUAACCACCCUUAACAAUUUACCACCAUCAGCAAACUUGGCUACUUCCCUGCUGACUCCCAACUCUAGGUAGUUUAUGAACAAGUUGAAAAGCACAGGUCCCAGUGCCGAUCCUUGGGGCAGAGGGACUCCACAUUCUACAUUCGAAGAGAUGCUUAGUACUUACUUACGGAAGACUUUGCAGACUAAAUGAAACCACUUGCAGAAAAUUUGCCCCUUGGGGGCUUCCACUUCUCGCUAAUCACAUUGUUAUCCCUGGAGUUUGUCAGCAGAAUCUUUUAUGAAUGGUUAAAUUGCCUUAAUAGAUAUUAAUGCAUUAAAGACUGUUAGCAUGAUGUUUAACAUUAAUUGGAGCCCUCAAGUUUUGGCCUCUCUCAAAUGGGAAAUGGGAAUAAAUUUCAGGCAAUAGGCUUUGAGGAGAUAAUUCUGUUCCAUGACUUCACUGCCAAGUGAAGAAAGGACUGGAGAAUGGAGCACUUGGCAGCUGUUGUGCUUUAACACUUGGCAUUAUUAAAACUACAGUUGUUGCUUCUGGUACAUGAAAGGCAGAGCAUUGAAAAGCUGUGCUCUCUGCCUCCAGGACUGGGGACACGUGCGUGAUUUAUUUAUAUAUCAAGCAAUUUAUAUACUUCUUAACUACAGUCGUCUCUUAAGUGGUUUGCAAGAAUACGGUGCAAAAAAAAACAUGGUCAAAACUAUAAAAUCAAACCUCAAUUGCAAUGCCUGCUGGAAUAAUAAUAAUAAAGUCUUCAGCAGGCAACAGAAGUUUUUUGGGGGGGGGCAGGGAAUGGUGGCGCCGCCGCCUGACAUCAUCUGGAAGGGAGUUCCAUAAAAUGGGGCCAGUAAUACUAAGUGUACAGCUCCUGUUGGAUACCAACUAUGGAUUUGAGCCACGGUGGACCACUAAAAGUGACUCCCACGCAGACCUCAGUGAUCAUGCAGGGGCACAAGGAAUUCGGAGAGAAGCAGUCACACUGCUCUCUAGGUAUCCAAGCCUUUAACAUAGGUGGGAGUAACCACUGAGGGAGAGCUUGAAGAAUCUUUGAAUUACAUUAGGGAUGAUUUGUGCUACCCUUUUAAAGGCAGGCUUGACUAAGCUGCUUGCGUCUUGAGGACAACUUUUUUUUUUUUAAAUAACUUUUAUUUUGCUUUAAACAGGUACAUAUAAAUAUAGACAACCAAAAUUACAAAGGAAAAUUCCUUAAUAGUAAUGGGGGGGAAAACUUUAAAAACUACAAAAAAUAUCAAAGUACCGUAUUUUUCGCUCUAUUGGAUGCAGUUUUUCCUCUCCAAAAAUUGAGGGGAAAUGUGUGUGCGUCCUAUAGAGCGAAUGCAGGCUUGUGCCAUAGCUGCGCGCAACCCCUCCGGCAGGGAGAGGCUGCACGGGGCUAUGGCUUCUUUAGCCCUGCGCAGCAUCUCCCGGCAAGGAGAGGCUGCACGGGGCUAAAGGGGAAGCCAAAACAGCGAGUGGGAUGGAUCCUGCUCGCUGUCUUGCCUGCUUCCAUAGCUGCGCGCAACCCCUCGGGCAAGGAGAGGCUACACGGGGCUAUGGAUUCUUUAGCCUCACGCAGCCUCUCCCGGCAAGGAGAGGCUGUGCGGGGCUAAAGGGGAAGCCAAAACAGCGAGCGGGAUCCAUCCCGCUCGCUGCCUUGCCUUCUUCCAUAGCUGCGCACAAUCCCUCUGGCAGGGAGAGGUUGUGUGCAGCCUGUACGCUGCUCUUUGGGGCUGGGGGGGAAAAUUUUUUCCCCUUGAUUUCCCCCCCUAAAAACUGGGUGCGCCCUAUGGUCCGGUGCGCCCUAUGGUGCGAAAAAUACGGUACAUAACACAGAACAUAAGCAACUAUGGAAAAGAUAAAAGAAAAGAAAAAAGAAAAAUAGAAAAAAAGAAAAGUAAAAAGGAAGAUGAGCCAAAGCAGGAAGGCUCAUCUAUUGUACACUUUGAGGACAACUUCUGUGCUUUUAAAAUUUGUACCACUGUGUUCAGGGUCAUUUAGGCCGCUUGUUCUGUUUGGGGGAGUGGAGGAGCUUGGGAGGGGGUGUUUCCAUCUCACACAGUGUCUAGCUUCCUGGGGGGAAAUUAAAUUUGGACAGUGUGCUGGUGAUUACUAGAUUUUCUCAGAAUUUACAGGAAAGAUGAGAAAAACCAAAAUUCUACUAAAAAAAUGGAUGCACCCUAUUUUGAAUCUGCAUAUCAAAAUUGCGAAAAUGGAGGGGGUUUCAGCUUGAGCAUCUGAAAAUUGGCUCUCUGGUGUAAUAGGGGAAGUAUCUGCACUUUGAAGUAGGCGUGGAGGCCUCAGGUUUCUUGUGGCAUAUAUGAUGUCUAGAAUCCUCAUCUAGCAUAGGCCGCUAUGAAAAGAAUUUAGUUACAUCCAGAAAAUCCACCACAGAAUUUUGGAAGUCAUAUUUGCAGCUCCCCAAAUUUCCUUACAGGUUCGAUCUGGAUGGAGUUCAAAAUGUGUUGUCAAUUGUGGGGGGUUUCCUUUCUCCAUUAUUCAGUAGUACUAACAUACAGGUGAGGUUUGCUAAACUCUCUCACUGGCCUAACUCAAUUGUUCUGCUUGUUCUUGUAAGUUUGGCUUGAUUCAUACUGUAUUGAUAUGCUUGUUCUUCAAAACUAUUCAGUUCUUACUGUAUUCCUAGCUUUCCAGCUAGCUAGUUUGCAGAAGGGCCUACGGUGUUUGGGUUUCUUUUCUUUUCUUUCUUCUUCAUCGUUUUGCCAUUCUUCCUGCUUUAUCUUCCUUGCACUUUGAAUGGGUUGCAGUUGUGCUUCUGUCAAACUGCCAGCCCUGCUAAAGCCUCACUUAGCUCUUCAUGGGACUUGGAAAGACCCAAGAGUUGGUAAACAAAGUCUGCUUUUAUAAAAUUUAAUGAUAGUGUUGCAGCGGAUUAGAACAAGACGGGUUUCUUAAGUGUGCAGGGAAGAACUGGAAAAUGUCAGAUGAAUUGUGUCUUUGUCAUAUGCAGGAAGUGGAGCAGGAGUCUGGCUAUUCUCUUCGAACUGCUGCAUCAACUGUGUCUAACAGUAAAUUCAGUCAACUUGAAUGUUCGUUUUCAAGGUCUUUGUGCCGUGCUGUGUGUGGGAUAUCCAGGAGCAGGGGCUGGGAAGCUACGGCCCUCCAGGUUUUGUUGGACUCCAUCUCCCAGCAGCCCCAGGGGCACGUUCAGGGGGGUGAUAGGAGUUGGAAACCGACUACAUCUGUAGAGCUUUGGCCCAGAAACUGAUAGCCUUAUCCUCUAUGAAUUUGUCUAAUCUUAUUUUAUAGCCAUCUAAGUUGGUGGCCAUCACAGCCUCUCGUGGGAGCAGAUACCAUAGUUUAGCUGUAUGGUGUGUGAAGGAGUGCUUUCUCCUUCAACAUUCAGCUUCAGUGGUUGCCCCUGAGUUCCUCUGAGUGGGAGGGGGAAAAAUUCUAACCACUUUCUCCACACUGUGCAUACAUUUUCACACUUCAACCAUGUCCCCUCUUGCUUUUUCUCGAAACUAAUCUUUCUUCACGGGGGAGUUUCUCCACUGCUUUUCUUGAUCAUUUUGGUUGCCUUUUUUCUGAACCUUUUCCAACUCUGCAAUUAUCCUUUUUGAGGUGAAGUGACCAGAAACGGUACACAGUAUUCCAAAUAAGCAUAUGAUAUCUCACAGUGUUUGAUAACUGGAAGAAAUCUUGGAGGUACACAGACGAGAAUGAGGAGAUAAGGGAGUGUUCUCUAGGAAUGCAGGAAAAGCAGGCUUGCUUACUUUGAAGAUAAAAAUUCAUGAAGGAAGAAAACUUCAGGCCGAUCAGGUUUGAAGCCAAAGGUAGAGGUUACAAACUAGUGGAAAGCAUCCCUCCCCCCGCCCCCUUUUCAGGAUAAAGAAGCAUUUUAUGCAUUUGCUUUGCUUCAUUGCCUUUUUCAAGAUAAUGCCUCUGGGUGGAAUUCACUGUGACAUUUUUCUAAGUGUGGCAAGCUGAAAUCUCCCUCUUCUGCCCCCUGUUCUUGGGAUUCUCCCCCACCCCACAAAAUUCCCAGACAGUUUUGGGGGGAUGCUGAGGGGAGUAGGAGGGGAAAGUACCCUUGCACAAGUCGAAGUCCUUAUGCAAGGCUUCAAUGGAUGGGGCUGGUUAAAUGAAUUGCAUCCUCUUGUCUUUUCUGCUUCAAUAAACUUUGAUAGAAUAGAAUGCUAAAAGAUAAAUUUGGUAGUACCUUGAUUUAAAAAUUCCUUACAUAAAAUGGUUAGCAUAAAGCCCUAGCUCAUGUGAUGUUUGCCUUGUGCUGACCUUAGAUGCAUGCUCUUAAAAUGCAGAAAGCAGCAGCACGUAACACUGUGCAGAGCUACAUCUCUACCACUGCUUGAAGUACUUGCUUUUAUGUGGAGGUUGUAAUAUUUUGCACACUUGGGAGUAAAUCCCAUUGAAUUUGACGGUAGCUGUGAAUAAGCAUGCAUUUGAUUGAGCGGCACUCGAUACCAAAUUACAGAUGAUAAGUUCUUGUUCAGUCAUUCAUGCUUGCUGCAGGUUGCGAACGUGCAUCCCGCACGGAUCACGUUUGCAACCCGAGCGUCCACUGUAUAGGAUAAUUUAAAUGAUUAUACUAAACUUAGACCUUUUCUUUCAGUGAAUUAUGAUACAGUAAAGCUGUUAGAUAUACAGAGUUGCCCACAAGGCUGUUCUGUUUGCAAAACGGCUAGGGAGUUAACCUGUAGUGGCUGGUGUGGCAGUGUGGGUGGGGGUGUGCUGCUCACCUGACUUCCCAGUACUUCAUUGCUGCUGGUUACGUAGAGGGGCAGGGCAGUGGAGAGUUUAGUGGUGUACAGGUGCAACAGCAGAGGCAAUCCUGCCAUGCUGAGCUCUCCAGUGCCUUGUCUCCCCCCUCUCAAUAACGGGCAAUGAUACCUGGCAUUGGGAAGAUGGCUUAACAGCGCAUUACUACCUGUGCUGCCUUGCUAGAUGCUACUGGACUUAACCGUUCUAUUAAACAUUAAUGCAUGAAAUCUAACUUAAAGAAGCUUGUAAAAAAUAAGUAACUUUGAUAAACUUAGUCAGGGUACAAAAUUUCUUAACUGAUGUUCUUGCGUGCAUGUCCAGUAAUACACUUUGAACAUGAAUUAACUCCAGAGUUCUCUUUAUAAACUAACUUCAUUUUUCAAAACGAGUUGUGUUCAGACAAGUGUUUCUGAAAGUUUUAUAACUAGGUUUAAAAGUAAUAGCUGCCCUUGUAUAAACAUUGGCAUUACUUUUCUGGCGUUUGUGUAUGUCUGCUUUGGGCAUGCUGUAUUUAGAGGAUGGAGUCUGUUAACUCUUACAAAAACAGUUUAAUGUUGAAUGAGUUUCCUGUAAACUAUAUUGCCAAGCUGGGGUCAUGAUUAACUUAGUUUCAUUGGCAUUGUUAUUAAUAGUUAUUUUUCAAGCUGUCCAGUAUUUUCACACACACAUACUUCUCUGUAUUGGUUUAAUGACAUAGUACAGUACUAGGAAGGUGGGGGAUGUAUUGUGUUCCUCCAAACAGUUCAUAGCAAUAGUAUUUAUUCAGAAGAUCCCAGGUUAGGCUGAGAGGUAGUGACUGGCCCAAGAUCACCUAGUGUGAGGAUCACCAACCUGGUGCCUGUGGCUUCACAGGCACUCACAAAGGUCUUCAUUCAUUUUACCUGUGGGUGCUGUGUUGGUGACCCUGUAUGAUGCGGGAGAUGGGAAUGGCAGAGUGAUGCAAAAUAAUUGCUGGAACUAGAAGGGCCUGCACUGUUGCAUUCUGGUUGGUUUGGAAGGAAGUUUGUGGGUGAGAGAAGUGGCAGGGGUGGUUUUCCUACUCGCCUUAUGGCCCAGCUUGCUUGCUGCCUACCAGCCAUGUGGAGCUGGCAGCAAACACUUGCUUCCUCCCAUGAAGGAGCUUGCACUUCACUUAUGGAGAUAUUCAGUUGGACUUUACUUCACCUGAGUUCUAUAGCACUGCAGAUUAAAAUGAAAAAUGAUUCGUUAUGAAAGGCUGUCCUUUUUAUUACCCUAUUACAGACACACGAGGUGCACAGUCAGUCUUUGUUCAAGAAACAGAAAUGUAGAAACUAUAAAUAAUUAAAAAGAAGGAAAUAGCUUAUGAUGAACUUUAACAGGUAAAUCCUGUCAGGUAAAUUCUCAUUUAAAUUUCCCCCCACAAAGCUUUUCUGAUAUCGUUCUCCUAGAAGCAUACAUCCUUGUGGGUUUUUUAAGUAUUGAAAGGCCAACAUCUCCUUUUCUGCUGUAUCAACACAAAAGCAAUUGUAGCUGCUCAUUGUGGUGAGGAGUGUCCUAGUCCCCAAGUCUUACUUAUGUCAACUCAAAGCUCUUUAAAGUUAUAACUGACAAAGCAGUGUUGGUCUAAACCAGGCAUCCCCAACCUGCAGCCUUCCAGAUGUUUUGGCCUACAACUCCUAUGAUCCCUAGCUAACAGGACCAGUGGUCAGGGAUGAUGGGAAUUGUAGUCCAAAACAUCUGGAGGGCCAAAGGUUGGUUGGGGAUGCCUGGUCUAAACACUUGGGUUUUUGUCUUUACAAGGCUUAAUAUUAAACACUGUCCUCUCCCUCAAAAAAAAAAAAAAAAAAAAAGAGCAAUGCUAAUAAAGAGGAAAAAGUGAAAGUUGCUGCACAUGCAUUGAUGGUGAAUUAGAAUACAAAUUGUAAUAGCAAGUCUCCCUUUGCCCAAGAUUUUUGUGGCUAGUAAAGAAUGAAUUAAUCUUCUGAGCACUAGGGAAAUUGGUGGAAAAGCUCAUCAUAUGUUGUGUAGCACAGUCUACUAGUUAUUCCAAAGUAUCUCCAGCCAUUUACUUUGUUUUUCAUUAUUUCUAUUUUCUAAAUUACCUCAGAAGCCCAGUCUAAACUGUGCUCUUCUCUUGCUUCAUAUUCUGCUUCUGGCUCAGUUUGCAGUCUGCUGUUGGUGGCAGAAAUGAGGCAAAAGCAUUCUAGCAGCCUUUAUAAAUUUUCUUUAAAGGAAAUAAUGCUUAAGUUUCCAUCCUUUGCUCUGCACAGACAUAGGCAGCCCUAUAAAUUAUCUGCUGCUAUAACAUAACCAUAUUUUUGUGUUCCAUGAAUGUCAAAGUGAUGUGUAACAGCUGCAUUUAUUUCUGCUUAUUGUUGAAUGAUUCCCGAAGGGUACUACGUUAGUUUAUAUCUGUGUGUGCUUUUCAAUAUGCUAACAUUUCUUCUACAAAUAUAAGUUUAAACAUUAAUCUUUUUAAGUGGAUAGGGCUUGUAUCUGACAUGACACAUCACCUUUAAGGCAAUAUUUUAAAAUUACGAGUUUUCAUUUCAAAUCUUUCACCAGCUGGUUAUGUCAAAAACAUAUACAUUGUAUGAGCAGUCCCUGAAAGAAAAAAUGUAUGGUGAAAUGAGACUUGAUAGUUCUAUGGCUGGUUGGCACCUCAAUACCAAACUUCAACAAUACUUGCUGAAAGAGCUCUUUCAAGAGGAGGCUAGGUUGUAUAGUUGUUCAAAUAGUUAUUUGUCUUUGCUUUGCUUGCAUAUGAGGUUUUCCGGCCAUUUCGGCAGUCACAGGCUGUACCUCCUAUGGUGCCUUUGUGAGGUCACAGUAAAUACGCCUUCAGAAAUCCACAAUGCACAAGAAACUGUUUUCUGUUCUUGCUCAGUUCCUGUUUACACUUGCUCAGCCCUCUCCUACACUGAACACACACCUCUGAAACAUGCCCAUAUUUUAUUAGAUGCCAGGACUGGACAUCCACACUCCCAUCUAUUCUUAACAGAGGAGAGGUGCAAUGAGCUGUUUUCUGAGCAAAUAAAGUUGCAGCUAAUAUAGGUAUUUCCCAUUGGUGGUGUGACUAUUUUGUGCUCCUGUCUUUUUAAAAAAUGUCAUAACUAUUCUGUGUUAUGCUUUACCCCUACAGCAGCCACUUUGUGUGACUGGUGCCCAUGGCACUUGCUCAAAAUUCCAAAUUUGCUUACUUGUCCCCAAAAGGCUGGUAGCUCCAAAGGAAGGGGGGAUGUAUGGUAGGCAUGUUGAAGUGGUGACAUUCUUGUCUCUCUACUGUAGACUUAUGCAGAGAGCCCUUUUGUCAGCGGUAGUAUAAAAUAACGAGCCUUGGCAGCAUAUAGGUCAAACCUUGUUCGGUUAGUACCUUGUAUGACCUUUGUUUAAGUUAACACCACUUUCAGGCUCAAUUCAGGGCAUGUUUUAACCUUAUAAGUCUUCCAUAGUUUAAAUCGAGGGUGCCUGAAGGACUGCAUAUAUACAUGUGCCUACACUCGCCUUGUCUGGGUGAUUUGAUUUAAAAAUUAGGGGGGUUGUGGAUGGAUGUUACAGUGGUGAGAAUUUGCGUUUGGAUAAUAUUAUGGUUCUAGCUAUUCCUGGCAACUUCUUGUCACCUUUACUCUUCCUCCUCUCAGGUUUUCUGUCUCUGCGUACCUUACUAGCAAAAUAUGUGCACCAAAAUGUCAAUCAUAAAUUGUUCCCUUUUCCUUUGCAGAUCGUGAGGACCAAUCAAUUCUUUGCACGUAAGUAAAUACAUUUUGGAGCUUAGCUUUGUUCUGUGAUAGUGUGAUGACUACUAUUUGUCAGAUUCACUGGGAACAGGGGCUCCUAAGAUGAGUUACACAAGAGUUAACAUUUAACUUUAUUCACUGAACGAUCUCACGGGUGGCAGAGAUCAUUAUUACCAAACUAUGUACUGAAGUUCCUUUGCAGGAGGCUGGCUGUGGCAUUCCUGCCUUAGUAGGAACUGGAUCUAGUGUGUCCAGUGCCUUCAUGGAGGUGAGCUUGGAACUGGGAACUUCACAGUUCACUGCUUGCUCUUGCAACUGUUAUUCUAACUCCUGUUGCAAGCCAACUCUUGCUGCCACUUGUUACCAUGGCUUUAGGAUGGAUUAGGCCAGGCAUAAGCAAACUUCGGCCCUCCAUAUGUUUUGGACUAGAAGAAGAAGAAGAGGAGUUUGGAUUUGAUAUCCCGCCUUUCACUCCCUUCAAGGAGUCUCAAAGCGGCUAACAUUCUCCUUUCCCUUCCUCCCCCACAACAAACACUCUGUGAGGUGAGUGAGGCUGAGAGACUUCAGAGAAGUGUGACUAGCCCAAGGUCACCCAGCAGCUGCAUGUGGAGGAGCGGAGACACAAACCCGGUUCCCCAGAUUACGAGACUACCGCUCUUAACAACUACACCACACUGGCUCUCAAUUCCCAUCAUCCCUGACCACUGAUCCUGUUAGCUAGGGAUCAUGGGAGUUGUAGGCCAAAACAUCUGGAGGCCCGAAGCUUGCCUAUGCCUGGAUUAGGCUAUAAAUCUAAGCAUAUCAUUCAUGUGAGAUCUGGAAGAAUGACUUCCAGCUAUUUAGGGGUUUAGUGAAGGGCAGUAACCCCACUUCACACUAUCUGCGCCAUUCACGUGGUCGCCAAGGCAGUCACUGUCUUUUACCUCAAACAUCUUUCAUUCAUAAUUCACAGAUUCAUAAGGAAUACGGAAGUCAAGAGGCAAAGGCACUGAAGAUACAGGGGGAGAUGAGAGGACUAAUGAGGUCUUCAGUCUGUCUUCUGAGGAUCAUUUGUCACAUAAUAAAACCAGUGAAAAAUGUAAAAGUUUUGGGUUAGUCAGUGGGAACCCCAUACGUAACUAAUAAGUUAAUAUCGGUGAACAUAUGUCUCCAGUAUAGAACAAGUCUAUUUGGCAGUGAAAUAUGAAAAUCAGUAAUGGAAUGAUCUAAAAGUGUUCUAAAGGCCAGGAGUGUGUGUGUCCUCUUUCAUCAAGUAUUCCUAUUCCAGGAAAUCUUGUAUAGUUCACCAUCUGGCAACAAUACACUAUUGGGGGGGGGCGCGGAGAAUUAACUUCAAUUUCAGCUUUGCAGCCACUGCUUAUAAAGAGAAUAGAACCUAUAAUUGACACAUUGAAUACCUGCUUAAAGUUAUGCUUUUUUUCUUUUCAUAUAUGUGGAAGCUAGAUGGACCAUCUAGGGGACGCAGGUGGCGCUGUGGGUAAAACCGCAGUGCCUAGGACUUGCUGAUCGUAUGGUCGGCGGUUUGAAUCCCCGCGGCGGGGUGAGCUCCCGUCGUUCGGUCCCAGCUGCUGCCCACCUAGCAGUUCGAAAGCACUCCUAAGUGCAAGUAGAUAAAUAGGUACCGCUUUAUAGCGGGAAGGUAAACGGCGUUUCCGUGCGCUGCGCUGAUGCUGGCUCGCCAGAUGCAGCUUCGUCACGCUGGCCACGUGACCCGGAAGGGUCUUCAGACGGCGCCGGCUCCCGGCCUCUUGAGCGAGAUGAGCGCGCAACCCUAGAGUCGGACACGACUGCCCCGUACGGGCAGGGGUACCUUUACCUUUACCUUUUAGAUGGACCAUAUGAAAUUGAUUAUAAAAUAGCAGUAAUUUGGAUAUUGUACAUGAAGCAUUCACCACCCUUUAGCUAGAUCCUUUAAAUUCUGUUACUCCAAAAGGCAAAAGGAAACUUGGGGCUCUUUCUCAAGUGACUACUUCAUAUGCAGCAGUACAUAUUCAUGUUUGUAGAAGUCUUAUAUCUGGCAACUUGAGAAUGGUUGUGCAAAUUUAUAUACUGUUCAAGGAGAUUCCUUUUUUGGUUCUCAGCUUGUAUAUCACUGUCUCAUCUUUCCUUUUCCCUAUGCAAUUGAAACAGGAGUGACAAACUGUUGAGGGAGACUCAAAUGGUAUUUCCUGAGUGGCGGAGGUGACUUCAGAUAGAAUUGUAGAAUUGGAAGGGACCAUGAGGCUCAUCUAGUCCAACCUCCUGCAAUGAAGGAGUGUUUUGUCCAAGGUGGGGCUGGAACCCCACAACCCUGAGAUCAAGUCUCAUGCUCUACUGAUUGAACUAUCCCAAACUCACUAGAGUUUUGGUUCUUUACCACUGGGUGACUGAAGAGUGCUUUUAGAAGUUAGCUCGGAAUGUCUGGUUUUCAUUAUUUAAAACCCACCAUCUAAGUUCUUACUGAAAUACCUUUAGUGUGUUUUCAGUUGGAACAGCAAGCUGCCCCAUUGACAGAGUUCCUUCAGUGAAAAGUGCUCUCAGUACCAAGUGUAUCUGCUGUACAACAGUGGUUUUACAUAAAACUCACUACUGAACAACUCAAUUCAGCAUCUUUUCACAUCUCAGGAACCAGAAAGUACCUUGCAGUUCUCCAAACCUAGCAUUAAUAAAAUUAUCCUAGACAUUAAGUUGUAGUGAAAGCCUGAUUGUUGUUUCUCUUCUACAAAUCUAGCUUUAAAUUAUGUGUGUUCUUGCAGAGGUGAAUCAGGUGCUGGGAAAACAGAAAACACCAAGAAAGUCAUUCAGUAUCUUGCACAUGUUGCUUCCUCUCAUAAAGGAAGAAAGGACCACAAUAUUCCUGUAAGUUUUACAUGGUAUUUCCUUAAUUUGUAAUUGUUGUAAUCUGUAAAUAAGGUUAACACCUUGCUUUGAAGUCUGCUUCCGAGACCCUGUCCAUGAUAAACAAGUGUUGGAAAACAGGCCACUUAAAGUUGGAAUCAGUUUGUAAGCACUGCUGUUUGCUUCAUUAUCCAUUCAACAAAGUACUUGCUUUAGUUUAAGGGAAUAGCCACCUAACAGUUGUGUUACAAUUGCUCUCUGUUAGAAGUUACAAAGAAUAAACAGUUGGAUGCCAGCUUGGUAGAUUUCAAAUUGCUAUGUGUACAUAACAACCCUCUUGCUGUUACAAUUGUCUUUGGAAACAAUUCUUAAAAUAGAAAUAUGUAUUGUACAAUACACCGUUGGCAUUAGUUUUUGUGGUGCCAUAUGCUAAGUUCUAUAGCAAAGCAAAGCAUGUUCUUGAAUGAAAAUUCAUUGCCCCACUUUUGUGCUCUCUUGGAUAUUGCAAUGUCUCCUUAAGUUCUUGCUGUAUUAUAAGGAUUUUUGUGAUGUAUAUUUGAGAUGUAAGGAGGCCUUCAAGUGAUCCUGUACUAUGCUUUUAGUGUGCAGUUGGCUGGCUGCUAUUCUUCUAGAUAGAGAUGUGCCCUGUAACUGGGGACUAAAAAAUUUAAAGUCGUUGGGCAUUUAAUAGAUAUAAAUCCUAGGAGUCUGUUAACUCUGGCACAGGUAACUUUUAAGUUUUCAGUUCCAGGAACCACUUUUAACCCAAAUAUGCAUUUGGGGACCCAUUUCUUAAAUUUUGCCAUAUAUUUGCAUCCUAAUAGUCCCAGCUGUUAUAACCCACAUUGAAUCAGGACACAACACACUCGUGGGUCCCAGCCUACCAUUUGAAGACCAGUACUUGAGCAUACCCCAAAAAAUGGAAUCCAAGGAAGGAUUAUUCAUGGAACUGUCUUGGAUCUCAAAGGCUAGCAAUGAGUUUUGUGGAGCAAAAUCGACAGCAAGAUGAAGUAUAGGACAUAAAACCAGUCCCUUCCUCUGUUGCUGGGGUUUAGUCCCGUACCAAAAUGGUAUCUGAGUAUACACUUGUUGUUCAUGUGAAUGAAUGGUUGAUUAACCCUUUUGACAGAAGAAUAAUGAAUUUGGGAUGGUGUUGUAGUUGGGCACAAAACAUACCCUCUGUCCCUGGCAGUCCAUAUCUUGGUUUCCACUAGUUCUGGUGGUAUAGGUUUGUGUGUACACUGUAUGUAUGCACGUGCAGAGCAGAUACACCUUUCCUGCUUUAUGGGGAAGUGAGAAAUGGAACACCAUUAAAUCACCUCUGAAGACACUGUGAAGGCAUACCACAUUCUGUAGCUUUAGAACUAUUACGGUAUUUAGUUGCUACCCUCCUUUAAUUCUGCAGCUUGCAACAUUUAAACAUCUGGUUGUGUAAUUUUCAUCUGAAAACUCUCUACUGUUGCCUUCCGAAACUUUUUCUUGUUUUGACAAACAAUUGUAGAGCAUGGUGUUCUUCUUUAAACUGCUAUUGCCUUAUAGCUGUGAAGAAGGCACCAUAUUUCGGAACAUGGGCUUUAUCUGCCCACAAUAUUCAUUGUAUAGUGUAAUAUAAAUGAGUACUUGAGUUGUCUAAUUGAUGUCAUAGAAGCACAGGAUUGAAUUUUUCACCAUUGGUCUUAGCUGUGUUGCUUUCUAUGAACCAAUAUUUGACAUUGCAUCUUUAAUAAAUAGGUUUUAUUUAGCAUCCCUUGUGUGAAUAAUCCAAUUUUGUUAAAAGGCAUUAUGGAUAAAGAAAACUACAUCUCAGUUUGUUGGGUUUUGGAAUUUUUUUGUGUGGCACGGUACCCAUAUGUAAACUUUGGCAAUUUGUGUGCUACUGUAUCCCAAGUUUGGGAAAUGCUCUAGAGCAAUACAGAGUUCUGCUUCACAUAAGGAGUUUUACACGUUGGUGUUGUGUUUUCUUCCGAGUUAGGAAUUCCCUUGCAUGUGCAAAACGUUGCACACAUCAUCUCACAAAAGAUAAGAGCAGCUCUUGCAUGCACACAUCUGUAUGCAUGUUGGAGGCCCUGAAUGCACAUCAGGCCUGUUGAAUCCUGGCAAAGGAAACUAAAUACACUGCCUAGAGACUUCUAUGUGAUCCAGAAAAUAAAAAUUCUAGGUGGAUUUUUUUUUUGUUAGAACCUUUUGGAAACAUUGUAUUUAAUUAAGUCUUGAGAGCGUACAGUGUAUAUUGUAUUACCAAGCUAUACCUUUUCUAAAAGAAACCAGUAUCAGACCUGGAGUCAUGAAAUAAGAUUAAAAAGUACUUUUAGUUCUUCAGCUUUCCUUGAAUGAAGUUCACAUUUAAUUCUAUCUGGCUAAAAUUUAGCUGUUGCCACGAUGAACAUAGUGGCUAAAGAAAAUAUACUAGUAUGUAUAUGAGAGUGAUCUUGGCGAUGGAUGGGAAGGCAAGGUCAGAUUUGCUAACAUGUGAAUUUGUUUGUUUACAACAAACAGCCCGAGUCACCUAAGCCAGUGAAGCACCAGGCAAGUGUCUUUUUUAUGCUUCUAAACUUUAUAUAGGCUUAAUCAUUCUUGUUUUACAUUUUUAGGAGACUACCUGUCAACAUCCAAUAUAAGUAUACAAGUAAUUUCUGGUACAGGCAUGCAGCUAAGAGUAAACUUCAUUAUUGCACAUGUACAGAAACACCGAUAUAAUUGUCCUUUGAGCGUGCAUAUCACUCAGUAUAACUGACAAAGUAGUCAGGCACAGAUUGUCCCAGAUUGCUGGGCAUUAUUGUUCCAUAUUUUGCUGACUAUGUGGGGAAAGCAGGAGUGUUUUAGUGCUGGUAUGCCUAGAUUUCCUGCGGCUCAGGAUAAAUCUGAACUGCAGUCGCCCUAGGGCUGGAACAGUAAACUCUGACUGCAUAGAUUCUUAGUUCUAGAGGCCAGUGAGGAAAGAGGGUAUGCGAAUCCCAGGACUGAUUGUUCUAGAUUCUUCUUUCUCCCCAUUCUUUUUUGACUCAAGCUGUCACCUGCCUAAUUAAAUAAGUGACCUAUUACUUCCUGUAUAAUGUCUUGAAGUGAUGCCUUGUACUAUGUACAGGUGUUGAAGUUGAAACUAAGAUUUUUUUGAAUGAAUAGGAGUUCGCUGUGACUCUCUUGGCAUGUGGAUUUUAGGAGCAGCCUAAGUACUGCUGAAGGUUGAACCACCUAGGGUUUGGUAUGUGGUUGAGGGGUUAGCUAUUUGGUCCAAUAUGUGACCUUCAGCAACUUUGGUUGUAUUAGCAAGGGAAAGGCUAAUGCUGUUUACUUUCUAUGAAAAAGCAUACAAACAGAUUCUGUUAUAGCUCUUCCCUCUAUAACCCUUAUGGCCACUGCUUAAUCAGUAGGAGAGCUUGAAUGACUUCUUAUCCAUAGACUAGGGUAACUGGAGAAUAACUCUUCGAGUGCAGAGCAAAACAUGGGUGGAUCUCCUUGGUCCGGAUUAAACAGGAUAAAAGUUUUUGCUACCUGGUGUCAUAUUCAUCAGGUUUAUUUUAUACUGUGAAGUUGAAGAAGGGUCUGAUAACAGAUUUUCUAUAUUAAAAAGAUGAGUAAACUCUCCUAUAGGAACCCAAUAAAGCCAUUUUGUAUUUUUAAUCCCAGUGUGUUUCUGUAGGUUUCAUAAGUUCAUAACCAUUAACAUUCUGUUUCAUUGUCAUUUUGAACUGCAGAGUGGAUCCCUGUUGUAUGUGAGUAGCAUGUAGCUCUUCUAGCUUCUCACCCCGCUCUCAAAAUGAGUCAAAUCACAGGGAUGCUGAGAGCAAAGCCUCUCUUACCUAUCAUUACACUGUUGAUUUGCAUGAAUAUAUUGCAUGUUACCACACCUUCACAAUAUUUUGGAUGCUUUUUCCAAGAUCUCCCUGAAUUUAUGUGUGAAAGCCAAUGUAGAUCUUGCCUUUAGUUUCAAGCUUCUGUGAUACAUUGCAGAAUAGGAUGGUGGUCUCCAUAUGCCUCUUGUCUGUUUCUUCACAUGAGACUGAUUCAUGACACCAAGACACGCGUGCCAGGCAUUUUAGGGCCAUAAGUAAGAAUAACUAGGAAACUUAUUUUGAAGUGUUCAUAUCAGGAAUUGGGAACCUGUAACACUCCAUGUUUUCUAGAGUCCUGUCAUCCCUGACCAUGUUGACUGGGGCUGAUGGGACUUGGGAGUACACAAGAUAUGGAGGGCUACCAAUUCCUCAUUUCUGUGUUGUAGGCAAGCAAUUGUACAAACCUCAAGAUCUGACUUCAUAGAGACUAAAAUAACAGAUUAAACCUGUUGUAUUGAUCAGACACUUGGGGGGUACAAAUGAAUGUCUCUCUUCAGUGAAGUCUGAAAUUUGAUUUUGCUUGCUGAGAACAGCUAAAGGCACACUAUGCUAGUGUGCUUGGACUGUAACAGGAGGUAGCACCAGUAUUCCAUGAAAUGAUUUAUCUUGGCGUAUUUCAGUUUUUUGUAACUGUCCAAACUGAGAUAAACUCCGUUCUUGACUAGAUGUAUUCCUGCAGACUCCAUAGAGCUCAUUUCUGCAGUUCAUAUUGUUUACAAACAAUUUAUGACCUUUUCUGCUUGUCAGAUGUGUGCUCACUUGAAUUGACUCUGAACUAGCUGUUUGAGCCCCUAUUACUUGGUUUCUGUGUUUUGUUUUGUUUUUGUGCUUUUCAGUGCCCAUUGAAAGGCAUUUUGCUGGAUAAUCUCUUAGAAAGGAGGAACUAGCAAGAACCUGCCAUGUAGAGUUAAGAUGCAAAAGGCAACAAUACGUUUCUUUGCUGUAUGAAAGGGUUUUUUUUAUCGUGGAUAUCAGCCAGCCUUGCACUUCCUCUUACUAUAGAUAGAAUGGUGUAGUCUUAGUUAAACAUUUAGAAAAAGCAUGUUGAAAUUACGUUACAUUCUUCUGCAUAUACAGGGUGAGUCCUUUAAAAGAGGCCCCGUGGAUACAGAGUACACAUGUUCCAUGGGGCCUCUUUUUAAAGACUCAUCCUGUAUAAAGCUCACUUGUUUAACUCCAACAGGUGAGUUAAGCACUUGCUUCUCUGAAACCAGUGAGUGUUUGAUGUUAGCUGGAUAAGCAGAGAAUGUUCAGUCAAGAAACUAAGCGAUAAUUCUGUUCAGAUAAUGCACUUCUAAAAAGGUACUGUACAAACAUUAACUAACAGUAUGCAGAAAUCUUUAACAUACAUAUAACUGGGACCAAACAAAACCAAUCAUACUGUGAAAUAUUGGUAUUUCAAAGCAGUUGAAUGGAGGCCACUUACUGUUAGGUAACCUAGGUUCAUACGUUUUCUACAAACAAGAUUGACUGGAAAAAGCAGACCUAUUAGCGGUGCUAAUAUUAAUUUUGCAAUUAUAUUACAGAUACAAUUCCACUCUGCCACACACCUUUGCUAUCCAAGACAUGGCAGCAAAAUCUCAUCUUUCACCAACUUGACUCCUCAUUGGGCUAAUGGAUACACACAGGUGUUAACAUGGACAGCAGUGGGGAAAGAAUUCUCCCAGACAUGUCUGAGCUGGCAACUCAGACUUAAAAACCUUUCUAAAAAACUGCAAAAUUAGUUCUGUGUCCUGUGCUUGUAGCUGAAAUACUGUUUCACCUCAAGUUUGAGAAUAGCCAGAGCUAAGGCAACACUGCUCACUUCGGUCUAAAACAAUCCUAUAAGUUUUGUUUAGAUGUGGGAGCAGAAAUCUGUGCUGCACAGAUGAUUAGUUAAAAUGAUAAAUGUCUACUUCACAAAGUUUUUUUAAAAAAAAUCUUUGUGCAUUACUAACGUAUACUUUGUCAGGCCAUUUAGCUGCCCCAGAUACUGAUCUCAGUGGAAGAUGGAGCAUCAUUUUUUUCUUCAAAAAUUGCCUGAAAGGUGGCAGUUUGUCAACCCUGUGCUUUAUCCAUUAGCCCUAACGUAAAUUGUAUCUAUUUCUUUAGUUUUUAAUACCAUAUUUUCCAACUGUUUUUUAUGAUGUCGUCCAUCUCAACUGUUAACAGCAUUAAGCAUAUUUUGAAGAUGCUGUAUUGAGAAGACAUAUGGGGUCAAGGCAAUUGAAAAUGGAAACCACACCUGGGAAAUUGUGCUGCUCUUGGAGUUGCCUAACUUUGGGUUUGUGUCUGUGGUUUGUUGUUUUUUUCCAGGGUGAACUGGAACGUCAGCUUCUACAGGCCAAUCCCAUUUUGGAAUCCUUUGGGAAUGCAAAGACUGUGAAAAAUGAUAAUUCCUCUCGUUUUGUAAGUUUUUAAAUUUUAAAUUUAAACCAAACAACCUUAAUUAAAUGCUAAACUAUUUUUUCUAGGCAGAUCUACUCUUAAGAAACCUGUUGAAAUGCAGUAGUUCUUCUCUUCGGGAAGGGGAGAAUCCCCCCUCCACUAAUCUUGGUCUUCAAUGCCCAGACUUACGCUGGGAGCAACCAAACUUGCAUUACAAAGAUACAUAACACUUGGGCCAAAACAAAUCUUGAUUCAGGUGCAUGAAAUUUUAGAUCAUUUUUCUGAGUAUAUUCCAGCCCUUGUAUAUUCUCAGAUAAGUACCAAUGUCUGUGCCAGUUACUGGUCUAACAGUGCAAUCCAAUACAUGCCUAGUUAGAAGUCCAGCUGAGUUGAAUGGAGCUUACUCUGCAAUGACUGGGUGUAGCAUUGCAGUCUAAAUGAGUCCAUCCCCUGUUGUGUUGGUGUAAACAUGCCUUGGAUAAAUAAGCAAUUCCCUCCUGAUUAAGCUCCAUGUUUACCUAUGAUACAUUUUUUUUUUAAAAAAAGAGCUCAGUGUUAAUUUUUCCAUGAGCAAGUCAUGUAACAGCUGAAGCUUACAACAGAAAGAACCAAUUUGUUACCUCGUUCUCUAGAAGAGAGGUAGCAGCGUAUAGUCACUCCGUUUAUUUAGUUUAUGACUAGCCUUCCAAUCUUCUUUCUUUAUAAUAUUGAUGCAUUGUAGACUUUAAAUGACUAAUACAAGUUGAGCAUCAGUAGUACCCUGUAGGUGUGCGUAUACAGUACAUGCAGGGUAGAAUGGUGGAGACAUAACGAGUCCCCACUCAGCCAUGAAGCUCAUUGGGUGACCUUGAGCAAGUCACACUCCCUCUCAGCCUAGCCUUCCUCUGAAGGUGGUUGAGAGGAUAACAAUUGUUAUGAGGAGGAGCAUGUACACCAUCCUUGGCUCCUUGGACAAUAUAAAAGGCGGGGCAUAAAUAUCAUAACAAAAUAAACAAAAAAAGUUUAGCAUCAUGACAAAGAGCACGAUCUGAGAGUCCCUAGUUAAAAUGUUUUAUCUCGGCUGUGAAUUCACUGAAUGACAUUGCGAAACACAUUGUGGCCUACAUCUUUUAAUAUUUGUAAGCACAGCCGAGAGGAUGUAAAAAAACAAACAAGAGGCCUUUUCUUAUAACUGGGUUGGGAUGAGUUAGAUCAACCAAAUCUCAAUCUGUCCAAAGUAUGAUGGCAUUGCAGAGUAGAGUAGAUGUAAUUAGGCUUCUUCUCAGACGUACUAUCUGAAACCUAAUGGUAGUCCAACAGAUAGGACAUUGGCUAAAAGUUCGCAGGUUGCGCUGCUGUUUUGCUCAGUUUUUACAGGAGGCGCAAAGACGUGAAUGCAGUAAAGUUUCUUUCCUGUAAAAGUCCUUAAGCAUCUGUUUCCUAUUACAUUUUUCCUUUAAGUCUGCAUUGAUGUUGUGAACAUAAUCACUCCAAUGGCUCUGGCACUAUUUUUGUAAUGAGUAGUUUAAUGCAGUCCAGAUGGUGAUUUAUUUUUGUAUAGAAGUAAUCUCCAGUAGUGAAGGUUUUUAAAUUCUGAUUUGAUAAGAGAGAGUUCCUCCCCUGAAGGGGAAAUGCAUUGUGAAUUAUCUUCACCUGAUGGAAGUGUAAUAAUAGUGAUACACUAAGAAAUGCAUUCAAACAUUGAUUUAAUGGAUAUAAAGGUAAAAUGUAGCUGUAGUUGAGGGGUAUUGCUGCUUCUCUUCUCAGUUUAAAUAAACUUGGAUGCAUUGAAUUUGUAAGGUAGUAAUUUCUUAUCUGUGUUUUUCCUACAGGGCAAGUUCAUCAGAAUAAAUUUUGAUGUUACUGGUUAUAUUGUUGGGGCCAACAUUGAAACAUGUAUCCUGUUCUCAGUAGCUCAUUUGAUAAACUCUGAUUAUGGGGAAACCCAGCCAGAUGGGCAGGGUACAAAUAAUAAAUUAUUAUUAUUAUUAUUAUUAUUAGGGAAAGUGUAUUGAUGACUUGGUUAAAAUACAGUAGACACUUCUUCAGCGGCUAUGUUGGAAAACUCGGGGCUUAUGCAGAAGUGCACUUCCAUUAUUGGUUUGUAGAAUAAGCGCCAAAUAUGCACAUACCUUAAUAUUGAGGAAAUUCUGGUGCAUACUCCUGACUUCCAAGGUACACAAUUUUUAAAAUAUGCCACAAUAGGCUGGUCAACAUUUAUCCCAAUUCUCAGUGCUGUAUAGGCUCAGGUUCUGCUGAAGUAAAUAAAGCUUCAUCAGUUGAGUCAUCUGAAGACCGGGUUACAAGGCUGUGUUCUGUCUUGGUAUACACUGAAACUGCACCUGGGUGAUUUUGUUGCUGGGAAAAUUACCAAUGGACUAGAUGUGAUAGGAAGUAAUUAAAAUGAGUAACUACAGCUUUUGUGGCUGGUUAUGACCAUUGCACAAAGGUCUGCAGUUCAGAAUGCAGAAAGUGGAAGAUUUAGCAUGGAGUUCUUGCAACCAUUUUGAUUGCUUACCACAUUUUCCUCAAAUCUACAUAUGCUGUACUUCCAAAUUCCCUACUUUUCCCUUUCUGAAAUCCAUUCAGCUGUUAUAGCCAGCUUAAAAACAGUAUGCAAGCAAAAUGCCAAUUUCAUGGUUGGAGACACGACACUUUGCAAAGCUCCCUGAAGUAUGAACUUCCUAAGGGCCUCUAGAUUCUAGAAUCAAGAGAGGAGCUUGCCAUAUAAUUCUGUCAGCAAAUAAAAAUGGAGCAUCUAGGCUUCAUGGACUCAGAUGUUGUAUAUCUUGCUCCUUUCUGUUGUGUUGAAAUUCACUGUUGAAAUGCACCCCUACGCAAAAUGGCAUAUAUAUUUCCUACACAAUACUUACCCUUCCCUUGAUCAUCAUACCUUAUUUUUUUAACACAAAAUGUUUUUGUUCUGUCUUUUAUUUCCUUUAUAAUACAUACUUUUGAAAUCUAGCUCCCUCAGUUGCUCUUUUCACAUUCCCACUCUAUUUUCUUCCUUCAACCUUAUUUUAAAAAACAAUUUGUUGUUGUUGUUGUUGUUAUAAGGCUGCAGGCAAAAACUUUCCUCUAUAACCAGGCCUUUGGCCUUUAACUAUCUGUGGCCUUUUAGAAGUUGGCGGAAUUUUUUUAAUGUAUUUCUUUUCCGCCUUAGUUUUAAUGUAUCUAUAUGGGGUUUUAUUUUGUUGUUAAUUUGGUUGUUGGUUGGUUGUAGUCCACUUUGGGGUGCCCUGGAUGAGACAGAGUGACUAACAAAUUUAGUAGAUUAUUAUUAUUAUUAUUAUUAUUAUUUUAAAAUGUCACAUUUCCUUCAUUUUCUUCAAGUCUUCCCUAAAGUACGAUUUACUCAUAGCAGGGUUAUACGUCCAGAACUGCCUCCUCUGUUAGAGCUUAGCUCUGGAAGAUUAAAUAGUUUGAAAAAGGCCUGUGGCUAUUGGCAUAUGCAGAGUGCAUUUAUAUUGCCACUAAGCAAUUGCAAGCAGGAAUCAUGGGUUGCAGAAUCUUCCGAAUCAGAGCCUGAUGGCAUUUAGUAGCCCAAGCACAAGCAGUUCUCAGUUUAUGCACAGCCUGGAAGCUCAGAGGGAGUUCACCACAUGCCAGGAGAACAUUAUCCCUCCUUUCAGUGAUAUCUCCUUGUCUUCCUCUAAGCUGGCUGUGAAGUAGUAUUGCACCUCUGCUUAAUUUAUGGAUUUUGCACUCUCUCUCUCUCUCUUUAAGACUCAAGGAAACAAUUUUGAUCAGAUUAAUUUAUGAAUAGUGCAGCCCGUGGUGGAUGUAGCUCAGACUAUUUGGAAGACGCGUAGGACCUCUAAUGGUUUUAGAGGUACUAAUCUUGCACAUCAAAUUCUACGCUGAGAAUUUCUGGUGCUGAUGAAGACACAGUGCAAAAUAGAAUGUGUGAAAAGAAAUGGGGUGGGGGGGAUUGCUGUUGUUAAUUAGGAGUUUGUUUCCUUUUCAUGGCAAAACUGCAUAGUUGUCCAUUACAAUCCUUAAUUGCUCUGGCUCAGACCUCCUAGAAAAGUCACGUGCCGUCCGUCAAGCCAAAGAUGAGCGGACUUUUCACAUCUUCUAUCAGCUUCUAUCCGGGGCAGGCGAACACUUGAAAGGUGAGUCAGUGCAUUAUUCUUUAGAAUUUAUUAGUUGCAGCGUUUAAACAGAAGCUGAACUGAUUUCAUGGUUUUACUAUCUUUUUGCAUAUGUGAAGGGCACAGAUGGCUCUGUUUGUAAGGUCAUUUGUACUGGCGCUGUCCAAGAUACCUUGGAUGAGUGAUUCCUAAAUAAUGAACUCUGCAGCUAGGCUUCAGUUCGGUAUUUGGAGUUAAGGUUCUGUAUUUGGGAUGCUGCAGUGGUGCAGGCCUCAAUGAAAUCUGCAUCAGCCAUAUUAACAGAUCCAGCAGACAAUUACAGUCUAAAGCUUUAUAAAAUUUAUUGAGCCCUUGGCUGGACAGAAACAUGUAAGCUUCAAGCCAGGCAGUUAAAGGAGUGCUGGCAUCAGCUAUCAAACUCACACUGGACAGAAGAGCACUCAAGCUGGGAAUGGUGCCAAGGUGCUGCUGAUAGGCCAAAGCAGCAUGGUAUUUACACUUUAGAUGAAGCACAAAUUAUUGUGAGAAGGCUUCCACUUCUUCUUGGGAUCAUCAGCAUUCCAGAUGUAGAUGUUCUUUGAGGAUACUCAUUUUUUAAUUUUGUGUCUUCUGAAAUAUUGUUUGUCUACAUUUGUCCUCUGGAAAGUUUUUGUUUGUUUCCAGCCCAAUGUGAAAAUGAAUCUGGGUUUUAAAAUAGUUUAUAAAUACUAGGGAAUUGGUCUCUGAACUCUUUAAACUUUGUCAUUGUUAGAGAAUAAAAUACUGGCCUGCCAUAAUGUCUUGUAUAGGCUUGCCAUAUGUCAGGAAAAUUCCUGUGAUGUCCUGGUUUUGGGGUGUAAAAAUGGUGCAGGGGGGAAUUUUGCCAAAUUGGUAAAAUGUCAGGGAAAACCCGGAUGUAUGGCAACAUGAUGGGAAAAAGCAGCGGAAACAGCUCCAGAAGCUUUAAAUUACUAUUUUGGGGGGAGGUUUCCCCACAAAAGCUCAACAAUUUGGGUUUGUUCCUUACAAAAGCCCAACCACUUUGCAGAUGUCAGGAAUUUCCCAUUUUGAAAUAUGGCAACCCUAGGAUUAAAUGAAUGGAAAAUUACUUUACCCAGUGUCUUGAAGAAACCUCUUUUGCGUUUUUCCUCCUCAAUACAGCUGAUUUACUCCUUGAAGGGUUUAAUAACUACAGAUUCCUCUCCAAUGGCUACGUGCCCAUUCCUGGCCAGCAAGAUAAGGAUAACUUUCAGGAGACAAUGGAAGCCAUGCAUAUCAUGGGGUUUUCUCAUGAUGAAAUCUUGGGUAUGUUUGAAAUGGCUUUGGUUUUUGAAGCUGGGAAAUGUGUGUUUUUACACUUAAAACCUGUAGCAUUUUUGUAAAAAUGCAGAAAGUAAGUUCAGAAUAGUGUGGCAUCGCAGCUUAAUAAACAUGGUAUAUGGCGCUAAAUAUGGAGUUGAAAGUGUGUACAUAACGAGCAGUAAAAUCUUAAAAAGUCAGAGACUUUUAAUGGUCCGGGCAGGGCAUUAUGUAGUUCAUUAACACUUCAAGAGUAGCAUACAUCCUAAAAAAGGUAAUAACUUCUUGGUGUAGAACUGGAUUACCCUAGUGUAGGAUUUCAGUACCUUUAUUUUAGGGUUUGUAGAGCCUCUGACAAAUACCUUGACUUGUUGAAACAUUGGACUUGUCAGAUACAGCUAUGAUCUGAAACAGAGGGGGCCUGUCCUGUGGGUUUCCUGAACCAGUUAGAUAUUCUUCUUUCAUACUGAACUUGACUGCCUGUCAAACAUGUAUACACGAUGUAUUUAUCUGCUCUUGUCCUCUGCUCUUUUGUGUGCCUCCAGCUAUGUUGAAAGUGGUGUCCUCAGUACUGCAGUUUGGUAACAUUUCCUUCAAGAAAGAGCGAAAUACCGACCAGGCAUCUAUGCCGGAAAAUACGGGUAGAUAUAUUUACAAGCACAGUAGACUUGAUUUUAGUCUAUUUUCCUCAUCAGUGAUUGAUAUCUGCAUAGAUGCUUGCAAAGAAACAGCUCCUUCUGUAUCAAGGAUAGCCAAUGUGGUGCCAUUCAGACGUUGAAGACUGCAGCUCCCAUCAGCCCCAAGCAGCACGGCCAGGGAUGAUGGGAGUUGCAGCUCACAUCAUCAUGUACCAUGUUGGUUAUGCCUGCAAUAUAGAGGCAGCUGUGGUUGUAGCGAUAGGUCCUAGCCUUCAGGUACUAAGAAACUGGUACUGUUCACACAUCUUGUGUUUUGUUCCCCCACCCCACCCCCAAACCUACUAAAUACUGCAGAAUCCCUGAGACUAUGUUGAGGUAUUUCCUCUUUGAAAAAGUAUUUGAACUCUAACCUCAUUAAGAGCUUAUCAGCAAAGUCUUUAAAACUCCCAAGUAAAAUGGUAUGUGCAGUUGAAUCGGUUUAUUUUUCUUGGGUCUAUACAGUGAUUAUGCUGCCAGGGACAGUGAUUCUGGAGCCAAACACGACUUUUUGGAGAAUUGGAGACCAUAAAUGCUAAGUUUAGAAAAUCUGAUCAUUCAAGUGACAGGGUGGUAUGCAUAGGACUGACUUUAUAAUUUAAUACUAUCCGUGUCUAAUGUUCCUCUUAAUCAUGGGAGGGGGGGAAUCCUGACACAAGUAAGAAUUUUCUCACGUUCUUAGUUCACUUUUGUAUUCUCUGUGACAAGGAUCAUCUGUAUCAUUCAGCCCUUUGUGCUUAAGUGGAUUUCUUAAGGGAACUUGUUAAUGCAUAGAGUAGUGUGUGACUGCCUUUGUCAUCAGAGUGGGUUCAUUAUCCCCCCCCGCCCCCCCCGAGCGCUGAUUUAAUAUUGGUUGAAAUGUAUGCUGUGACAUGUGUGAAGCACAACUAUAUUUAAUAUGUAUUUCCUGAAUCUACAGAGUUUCAGUGAUAGUUUUAUUAUAUGCUAACACAGAGUUUUAUUAUACGCAAACCCAGGCACACGUUCCUGGUGAAUGAAUGCUAGAAUUAUGAACUUAUUGCAUUGGUUGUUUGGAAGGCUUCACUCGUUGAGUUGCAAAGCUUACUUAUCGCCUUACCUUUCAUUAAUGUGAAGUACAGUGGUACCUUGGAAGUUGAACAGAAUCCGUUCCGGAAGACCUUUUGACUUACAAAACAUUUGGAAGCGAAGGCGUGGCUUCUGAUUGGCUGCAGGAAGCUCCUGCAGCCAAUCGGAAGCCCAGUCGGAUGUUCAUGUUCCAAAGAGUGUUCACAAACCGGAACACUCACUUCCGGGUUUGUGGCAUUCGGGAGCCAAAACGGACAAGUACCAAGGUGUUUGGGAUCCAAGGUACGACUGUACUGGUGUUACCCCUUGAGUGAUUUUCAAAUGGUGUUCUGGGAAAUGCUGAGAUUCCUCAUUGAUAGAAGCAGUAAUGGUGGAAAAAUUUCCUUGAAGGUCAAUUUGCCCAACGUUGCCAGCGUUCCCCUGCAACAUGUAGCUGCAGGGCAGUGGCUGAAUGUGUGCUAGGGUGUACGCUUGGUUCAUGUAGGGUAGUGCAAAGGCUCAUUAAGCCUAUAUGAACUGAGUUGGCAGCCUAGAACAUUCACUGGAGUCCUUUGCAAUACACAGGGAGUACAUUGUCAAACAAGUUGACUUGGAAACUGUUCCUUAACAUUAGGAACUGUGGGGAAAUACUUUUUGGGGACACUUAUUCAGUGUAAAACCAGUUGUUGAGGUUCUGGUAACUGAUUGCAUUGUUUGUAUUUGUAGUUGCACAGAAACUCUGCCACCUGUUGGGGAUGAAUGUAAUGGAAUUUACUCGAGCAAUACUCACGCCACGCAUUAAAGUUGGCAGGGACUACGUCCAGAAAGCACAAACCAAAGAACAAGUAAGCUCCGUGAUGCAAAACGUUGAAUCUUAUUCCACCCAAAGUAGCCACCAAUUUCUGGCCAGCAAACAUUCUCACCAUUUCUCUUUGCCCUGGGGGGUGGUUAAAUAUCCUGUGUGUUAUAGUAAGACUGCAUAUGAGGCCUCGGGUUUCACCUGGAGCCCAAAAACUGCUGACAAGUUACUGUAUUUUUCGCUCUAUAACACGCACCCGACCAUAACACGCACGUAGUUUUUAGAGGAGGAAAAUCCGUAGGCAUGCCACCCGUAGGCAUUCCCUCCAUAACACACACAGACAUUUCCCCUUACUUUUUAGGAGGAAAAAAGUGAGUGUUAUGGUGCAAAAAAUACAGUAGUUAUGGCAUUUCAAAAGUGCCUGGAUCCCCAUCAAUGCCUCUUGGUUGAGCUUCAGCAUUGGAGUUCCAAAUAAGGAGACAAUUACACUGAGCAUCAGUAUGCUGGGUGCAGUGGUUGAUCAGUGAGAUACAGUUUGAUAUGUGUGUGUCUGUAGAAAAACUAGAAAGCCACAUAAUGGCUGGCCUUCUGUGUCUAGGUGGUACAAUGUUCAAGCUUAGAUCUUAAUUAGAAUAUGACAUACUCCUUUGGGAUGAAGGGUGGGAUAUAAACAAAAUAAAUAUACCUAGGAAAUAGCACGUACAUUAUCUUUCUAUUAGAAAUAGUAACUGUGUUAAACUUAGUCUUUCUAUUUUCUUAUAACUUCUUCCAAAUUCUUUUUCUAAUUUUCAGGCAGACUUUGCUGUAGAGGCAUUGGCAAAAGCCACCUACGAACGCCUUUUCCGCUGGCUUGUUCACCGCAUUAACAAAGCUCUGGAUAGGACCAAGCGACAGGGAGCUUCUUUCAUCGGAAUCUUGGAUAUUGCUGGAUUUGAAAUCUUUGAGGUAUUUAGACAAAUGAAAGAAAUCUCCAGUACUUACUAUAUCGAGAGAUUUUUGUAACAUAUAUAAAAUAGCAUUGCAAUGGAUCUGGUAGCUCCAAAUUGCAAUAUUGAAAUUUCAUGGAUAAGAUUCUACUCUACACGUGACCACAUUUUUCAGUGGCUUUUCCUGACUUUUAAGCAGUCUUGGUAAGCUCUGAAUGAGAUGGGGUUUCUGUGUAAGAGAUUAGCAUGUCUGCCUUAUUUCCUUGCUAUCAUAGAAUCAUGUGCAAAACUCUCUGCACGUUUGGCCAGUUGCUUGUUAAAUGGUUUGCCCUGCAAAACUUACAUUGUAGUAUAACCAAUACAAAAGCUGUAAAACUCUAAAAAGUUAACUUUCUUGGUAUUUUCCCCUAGCUGAAUUCCUUUGAGCAACUUUGCAUCAACUAUACCAAUGAGAAGCUGCAGCAGUUAUUCAACCACACCAUGUUUAUCUUGGAGCAGGAGGAGUAUCAGAGGGAGGGCAUAGAGUGGAACUUUAUUGACUUUGGACUGGAUCUGCAACCCUGUAUUGAUUUAAUUGAAAGACCUGUAAGUUCUCAUCCGUGUCCUUUUAACAGCUCAUAGCUUUCUCAACCAAGAUUUCUCUUUAAUGUAAAUCAUUCCAUACACCUUACCGAUCCAAGUUUGUUUUUUGUUUUUCUAGAGGGGCUUCUCCGGGAUUUAAGUGUUGAAUCAAGAGACAUUUCUGUAAAGUGUGCCUGUAGACAAAUCCAGCAAGUGCUACCCUCCUGAUUUGCAUUUGUGGCAUUAUUAUUCUGCUUUUCUAAUUAAAAACUGAUCAGGCGACUUAAAAAGCAAAUUUAUAAUAAACAAAACCCAGCCAGAAAAAUGUGUUAUGAACUGAAAUUCAGAAUGAUGUUCUUACAGGCAAUACAUGCCUCACUGGAUAUGAUUAACAAGGCGCUGGUAACUUGGAACAUGCCCAAAUGUACUCUAGGCUUGCUUAUGUCACACAUUAUUUUGUGAGCUAACUGAAUGGUAGGGAACCCUGACUUUCAGUGUAUAUGUCACUGAGCUCUGUUCCUAUUUCUCGUCCUAUACCUUUAAUAGCUCUUACUUCGGUUCUGAUAAUUUUGAUUACAUUUCAGGUAGCUCUGUGUUGCUAUGAGACAUCCUGUGAGGCAAAGCAUCAAGUUGGUUGAACUUGAUGCUUUAGAAUUCUUGAUAUGCUUGUAUCUUGUUCCCUUCUUGUAUCUGAUUUCAAAAUCAACUGACUUUGGGGGGGGGGAAUCCACCGCCAUUAGUCACGUAUGUCCACUUGUAUCUCCCGUUGAAAUGCGAAUAUGGAUCUUAUUUUUGCAUAAGCACGUGCUCUGCUUCGGCUGUGUUGCUCAGGUGCAACUGUAUGGUGAAAGGAAUAUCAAAUGAGGGGAGGUGAGAACAGAAUAGAUUCUGGUAAUAAAACAUUUAUUUAUCUACUUGCUAGGCCAACCCCCCUGGUGUACUUGCUCUCCUGGAUGAAGAGUGCUGGUUCCCCAAAGCAACUGACAAGACAUUUGUAGAAAAACUGGUCCAGGAACAAGGAACCCAUUCCAAAUUCCAAAAGCCUCGGCAGCUGAAGGACAAGGCAGACUUCUGCAUCAUUCAUUAUGCAGGAAGGGUAAGCAUGAAAUGCUAUAUGAUUUCUUCGGCAUUUAUCAGUGUGUCCCAUUUGUGGGACUUCUGAGAGGCUACAGGAGCCUGUGUAUCUUGGUAUUUGAGAAUAGGUUUGGCCUCCUGAGUCUGGUCAUCAGGUAGGAUUGGAGAGUGAAAUAUGUUGCUUCCAAACUGUGGUGCCCAUUUUGAUUCCAUGCAAGAUACUUCAUGUGCUGGAGUACAGUGGUACCUCGGGUUACAUGCGCUUCAGGUUACAGACUCCGCUAACCCAGAUUUAGUGCUUCAGGUUAAGAACUUUGCUUCAGGGUGGGAUAAUUUUAAUAAAUAAGAAUAUUUUUUUUAAAAAAAUGAUAAUAACCCUACAAUUGGUUGGGGGGGGGGGAGGCAUUUUCUCAAUAGUAGCCUACCGCCAUGUAAACACUGGGAAGUCGUGAUCUCUAAAAUGAGUUUGAAAGACUUAUGUGUCACUUGCAGCAGAGGGAGAAUCUGGAAAGUAUCAUAUUAAGUGAAUCCACUGUACACAUAAAAACCCUGUUCAGACAACCCACCUCAUGCAUUCAAUGUGAUGGUGGAGUUGUGCCUGCUAGCCAUACACCCUUGACAGUGUGGUACAUUCAGUGUUAGUCCGAAAAGGGAGUUCAGUAAGUGUGUGCAGAGGUUCUUCACAAUUUCAGCACUGCUUAAAUGUCAAUCACAUAUGAGGAGAUGCAACUCAUCCUCCCUUAAAAACAAAAAAUAGGUUGGGAAGGUUGGCAGUAUUUGCUCUUUAUCCCACUUGCUUAAUUCCAGGUGGACUACAAGGCAGAUGAGUGGCUUAUGAAGAAUAUGGACCCUCUGAAUGACAAUGUGGCUACGCUUCUACACCAGUCUUCAGACAAAUUUGUGGCAGAGCUUUGGAAGGAUGGUAAGAAUCUGCUCCUAAUCUAUAUAAGAUGAGCUGGUAAAUCCUGGUGGGUGAGUUGGGGCCUUCUCUGCAAAGCUAACACAUGAAUCCUUCAUGGAUUAGUUCAAUUCCUCUGAGAUUCCUGCCAGCAGCAGCAACAGGAGGGUUUGAAGUGCCGCUGCAGUAUCAAUUAAUUUACUUGCACAUGUGUCAUUAUGGGGUGAUUGCACUUACAUACAUCAAGCUACUUGGCUGCAAGUGUGUUUUGAGUAGACUCUUUUCGUAGUCAUUUAGGAUAGUUUGAAAGUCUGUGUUGUGACUAAACGACUCUCAACCUUUCAUGACAGCUAAAAGUACUGAAGCUGCUGUUUUAGUUAUCAGCAAUGGGUACACUGGUAAAACAGGACAGUAAACUAAGAAUUUUGAAUAAUCAAAGUUUAAAUAGCUCUUAAAGGUUGUAUCAUAAUAGUACAUUAAGUCUUUUUCUUGCAUUGUUAAUUUUCUGUGUGCCUGGUAUGGCAGAACAUAAGCUUGCUUAACCAAAAACACUUCUUAAAACUUGGUUGCGUUGCUUGGAGUGCUUCCAAGAUGGUGUUAUAAUUUAGUAUCCUUUUAAUGCCUGCUUAACUCUUAGCUUCACAUUAACUUAAUUUAGGAAGAGAUCUGAUGGAUUACACCAAAAGACACUCUUAAUCCUGGAUCCCUGUGUUCCAUAGUGACCAAACAGAUGCCUAUGGGAAAGCACAAACCAGACAUAAGGGCAAAAGCUAAUGCUCGCCAGUAACUGUGCCAUCUACCUUUGAAGACCCACAGAGGUUUGGACUUCCCAACUCUAUUGACUGUUAUCAGACUCCCAAAGUCGGCUUUCUGCAAUGAUAGAUUGUUCAACCAAUCUAGCAAGUUUGGAGAUACUGCAUAUCACCCAAUUGGUGGGAAUUCUGUACCUGUUCCUUGGAAAGAAAAAAAAGAAUGCUCCAUCUAAAAGCAGAGCAUUGUUUUCCUUCCAAAAGAGCUUGCAAAGCCCCUUGAGCAGCACUUCCCAGGCAUCUGACAACCAGCUGAUUCCUAGGUGCUUAGAAAGUGCUGUAGGAGGGGCAUUUUCUACAGAUACAUAAAAUAUAUCAAGGCAGCUGACAGCAUAAAAUACAAUAAAAUCUAGAAACAUCUAUAAAACAUAAUUUAAAACAUCAGUAGAUACUGGUUGGUUUAAAAAAGAAAUGCAUGUUGGGAAGGCCUGUCCAGAAAAUACAGCUUUCAAGGGGCUUCUCAAAGAAGGGGAGGGCUGGUCCCUGCCAAACCCCUACAGGCCUGUAAUGAAGGCCUACCAAACCGCAGACCUGUGAGGAACCACCAGGAUCUCGGGGAGUGAGGUGGUGUAUAAGGGACCAGAUGGUCACUGAGGUACUUCGGGCCCAAGUUGAUUUUGGCUUUGUGAGCUAACACAAGAACCUUGAACCUAGCCUGCUAGCAAAAUUAGCCACAAAUCAAGAUGGUCAGCUUUCCUUAUGUUGGGGACAUGCUUAAGGCCCCUGGUAAAUUUGGUUGCCAUUGUUCUGCAUCAUUUUCAGGUCCACAAACAGCUUUUUAAAGAUAUAGCUACCAGCUGCACUAUACAAGUGUGGCCCAUCAUAGAUUUAUACAAAGGUGCAAUAUUAGCAGUUUUAUUUCCUCGCUAAGGUCAACUUUAGUGAAGCAAAGUAAACAUGCUGAAGACAGAAGAAAUGCUUUUGAGGUUUUAUGGAGCCAGGUUUCAAGAAUGUGUAAUGACUAUGAUAAACGGCCAUCUGGGAAUAUUGUAAAUGCCUUGGAGCAGGGACCGUGCGUGGAUUGUGAGAAGGGGGCAUUUCCACGUCUGUCAUAAGUUAAGUUGUAAACUUAGUAGAAGGUGUGCCUGUGGGCACUCUCUCAGUGCUUUUUUUCUGGGGGGACGCAGGGGUACACAUACCCCUAAACAUUUUGUGAAUCUAAGUUUAGCCUCAUUGAGGGACAGUAUUUCAAUAUGAGUAGGAAAAUGAGAGUACCCCUAAACAUUUUUUAAGGAAAAAAGCACUGGUUUCUCUAUUAAAGAGGUUGCAAACCAGCCCCAAAGUAUGCAUGAACACAAUUGUUCCAUUUCAGAACAUUAUUUCAGUAAACAGUUCCUUGUUGUGAAAGAUGGAAUCACUGUUCCCUUGUAAAUCUAUAGUCUUGACACCUGCCUUUAUGUUCACUGUUUGGGCCCUGAAAUCAAUACACACUGCUGAAGAUCCAUCAUUACACCAUAGCGACCUGUUAUGCACUUUGUUAAAGCUUGCUUGCAAUUCAAAAUUGUCUUCUCUUUACUAACUAGACUGUCUUGUGUAUCUGCUCUUUGUUCUUGCUGUUUCUGUGCCAUAGAGAUUCACAAUUUUCAGAGAGCUUCUUUCUAUGACAAUGUUACUGGUCUUCCUGAUACACCAGGUGAAUGAAUGAAAAACAAAAAUAAUAACAUAGGCCUCCUAAAAGCAGGACUUGAAUCUGUAGGAAAAACAUUUUUUUGCUUGUUAGGCAAGCAUGAACUUUCAUUUCAUCCUAACCUUAGCGUUACCUCCACAAGGCAAAUGUUCUUGGGCACAUACCUAUUUAGUUGCUGCUGCAUACAUAGUCUCAUUUUUUGUACUGCACCUCUAGAAGCUUUGCAAGUGAGUAGCUGCAUUUUGAAACACAGGCUUGCUUCUCCAACAUACCCUGAUGAUUUUGGGUAUUUGAAAUUAGGAGUCUCGGUACUCUGGUUCGGUAUGAUUUGUACUUGUUAAUGUCUGUAUACAGUUUUUUUUUAAUUGCAGUCAAAGCAAGUUUUCUUUAUACAACUUGCUGCGCUGGCAUUAAAUGGCAUGUUGAAUGUUUAUUAUUUCAGAAGCUGCUCAAAAUUAGUAUUGUUGCUAUUAAAUGCCUAUAUUUUGAAUGAUAGCUUAUGAGGGAAGUCCGUCAGUACUUGGGCCAGUACAAAUUCUGCCAGGGGUAUAUGCUGCCCAUUAAUCUGCAGGAGCACUUCUAAACUUGAAGCAAAUCUCAGUUAGGCUGCGCUCCUAAGCAGAGUUACAAGGAACUAAGCCCAGUUGAUCGCAGUGGAAUUUACUUCUGAGUAAACCUAUAAGAUUACCCCAUUAGCAAAACUCUGUGUAUUUUGGUAGACUUUAAAGCUGCUCUUUAGUCUUUGUUUUUCACUAAAAGUAUUUUACGGAGCCUGCUUUGGCAUUUUAUUAGAUUUUUACUGCCACCAUUACGUGUCUGAUCGUGCUUUUGUUGUAAGCUAAAAUACAUAAGCAGGGAAUUUAUGUAUCUCCAUGGGUGUAUCUAAGUUAAUCAUAUUGAUGUAGUUUCAAAAUGAAGCAUGUUGCUUUUUCCUGAGUGGAUCUGCUCUCAUGCGCUGCUUCCUUGAUCGCUAGAGGGGACUGAUUUCUACUCCUGAUAGAAAAAAAAUGUAUUUUGUGAAAUACAUGAUUGUGCAAAUACUUAAGAAUAUGGCCCAUAUUCACUUAAACUUGGGGGUUUGGUUACAGUUUGGCUCUUCCUUCAUUGGAGGAUGCAGCAUGCAUUACUCUCUCAUUAGUAAAUACUGUGACGUAAUUUUAUGCAUACUUAAUUGAAGUAGACAUGGCAGUGGUUUUAGCUGCAGGAUAGAUUCUUGAACUUCAUAAGUACUACGACGUGCCACUUGGUAUAAGCAGCAUGGCCAAGUUGUCUAAAUUUUAUUUGUCUAGGGACACAGGGGAAAGGACUCCCUGAACCUAGUAUGAAUUUCAACAUUUUAGGCUGAGGUGCUUUUGGUCUAACUGGGAAGUAGAUGUUAGAUUUCUGGUGCAAUGACUAGGUUAAUUAGCAAGAUCUUAGGUUGAAGAUUUUAAUGUGUUGUUUCCUAUGAAUACCCAGUACUUGUGGCUGUCCUGAGAUUUGUUUAUUUGCAUUUCUCUUUUGAUAACUGACCAAAAAACAAUAUCUCCUCCCCCUGUCCUCCUGCUCCAAAUGUGUGCUUGGUUCCUCAUGCCUUUAGAGUUUGGUUUAUUUAUAUAACCCAUAGAGGAAAACAAUAUAAAUAAUCCUUUCCCUUCUGUUCCUCAAAAAAAGUAAAGAGCUUUACAGAAGCUUUAUCAUUGUCACAUACACAGUGGAUAUCUCAGGUGUACUGAUAUAUUUGCUAUGCCAUACCCACAGAAUGGCACUUCAUACGAUGUGGUAAAGGGAAUGUCAGUGGUGAAACAAAGUGGCCUAAUUAUUUCUCCCCCCCCCCCCCAUUUUCUAUGGGAAUAUUAUUCCAUGUUUUCUUCAAGUUAAGCAGAAGUUGUUGGCAGGCUGAUCAUGGUUUGUUCCUAGCAAAGUUUGAUACAUGUCGUCAUUUGCAUUUUUUGGCUCUAUUGUAAACCUUCCCACAUAUUCACUCACAUUAUUUGCGGCUUCUUGGUCUAAAAUUCCUUUUACGUAUGAAAAGGGAAUGGCUUUUGGUGCAUAAAGCCGUGACUUGUGCUUUGUAGUGCAUCAUGGCAAAAGCUACAAUGUUCUGCCUGGUGUGUUGCUUUCAAUCCUGCUGCUUCCAUAUGUAUGUAGAUUGCUUUGCCAUAGUAGGCAGCACCUUCCACCGUUUGUCGCGCAGAGCAUUUGUCGAACAUUUUAUCUCUCGUGCGCUGCCCUGUUUCCCGAAUCCGCUUAAUUCGGUGUUCUUGUUGCCUGCAGUGGACCGCAUUGUGGGUCUGGAUCAAGUCACUGGGAUAACAGAGACCGCGUUUGGCUCGACUUACAAGACCAAGAAGGGCAUGUUCCGUACUGUGGGGCAGCUAUACAAGGAGUCCCUCACCAAACUGAUGGCCACGCUGCGAAAUACUAACCCAAAUUUUGUCCGCUGCAUCAUUCCAAACCAUGAAAAGAGGGUAUGUGUUCAUUUCAAACGUUAAAAGAUGCUUCUGAUUUUCCCUUCCCAGUCGCUAAUACUUGUUAGGAGUGACCUACUCUCAAGUAGGACCCUGGUAGAGACACAUCCCCAACUGGCAUGUUCUUUCCCUCCUGGCCGAUUGUUCGGGAGCUUCAAAAGCUUUCUCCAACCCGAACAUCACAGCAACUAAUGCCAAAAGGCAUUAGCACACUUAGGGAUCCGCAGAGUAUUCGCAGUUUGUGUAACAGAACUCAGUAGCUCAGCAUUUUGGCUAAUCUACGUUUAUUUACAUAUAAUACACUCGGAGCAUUCUGACUUAGCUCCAUCCUCUUUCUCAUCAGACAGCAGAGAGAGAGAACAAAGGACAAUAGUCCCACUUCACGGAACACAGUAACACAAAACAUCUUGUCUCCAUCACUUCCCACACUGUGGAAUGAAAACAUACACCGUCAUGUCAUAGACAACAAUCCCACGACUGCAGACACAGGGAAUGAAUCUCCAACAAUACUAUUGACAUUUGAUGUAUUUGCUGACAUGAUAGGGUUUGGAUUUCAUGUUUUGCACAAGUAUUCAGAACCCCACUUCAUCCUUGUGAGUGGUUAGUUUCUUUAACUAGGUAAGGCUAAAAGCCAGAAGGAUGAUUACAAGGAGCUGCUAGUACUGUCCCGUAACAGAGCUUUUCCUCUGCCUUUAGGCUGGAAAGCUGGAUCCGCACCUCGUUCUAGAUCAGCUUCGCUGCAAUGGUGUCUUGGAAGGAAUAAGGAUUUGUCGGCAAGGAUUUCCAAACAGGAUAGUGUUCCAAGAAUUUAGACAGAGGUACUAUAAUAACUAGAUUUGGCUUUUACUCCAGAAUGCAUGUUUAGAGCUACAUCAUUUCAGGUGGUUAAACCCAGUCUUCCCCCUCAACAUAACCUUCUGUCAUUAGUCAAGCAUAGCAUGGGGAUUAAAUGAAAAUUGGUGCCUGUACAUUUUGAUCAGAGCUUAACUAGUUGUUUUCUUAUUGAUUGGUAGAUAUGAGAUCCUGACUCCUAAUGCAAUUCCUAAGGGAUUUAUGGAUGGGAAGCAGGCUUGUGAACGCAUGGUAAGUCAUUCAGUAGCAAUCUAACAUUGCUAAAAACCAUUACCUUCUUUGCCUUAUAAAUUUUGAAACAAAUGGGUUUUGGGUAUUUGCGCAGAUCAGAGCAUUAGAGCUGGACCCCAACUUGUAUAGAAUUGGACAGAGCAAGAUUUUUUUCCGAGCUGGUGUUCUGGCACACCUAGAGGAAGAAAGGGAUCUGAAGAUCACAGACAUCAUCAUCUUCUUCCAGGCAGUCUGCAGGGGAUACCUUGCCAGGAAGUAAGUGUUUAUAGUAAUCUUGGCAGACGCUUAUAUUUGAAGUGCAGAUUUUGUGGAAAUGUUCAGUUAGCUUAAUCAAAAGCACUGAAUUUGCAGACAGAUGCAUGGUUAUUUCACUGCUAAAAAGCUUGAGAAGCAGUCUGAUGGAAUAAAUUUAUUGCCAGGAUUAAAAAAAAACAAAAAACAUGAGUAUUGCCCCCUUGCACUUGAAUAUGGCUUUGGAAAUGCUUUGAUGUAGCUGUUAAAAUGCAAACAUUCCCAACUGAAAUGGAAAACCUUGGUUUGUGUUCAGGGCUUUUGCUAAGAAACAACAGCAGCUGAGUGCAUUGAAAGUCCUGCAGAGAAAUUGUGCUGCCUAUUUGAAGCUGCGGCAUUGGCAGUGGUGGAGAGUGUUCACAAAGGUAGGUUGUCCACAAAGGGCGGUGGUGGUGGUGGUGGUGAUGGUUAGGAAUUUUCAGCAGCACAAAAGUGGAAUGCCUCUUGUGUCAUACUUUGCAGGUGAAGCCCCUGCUUCAAGUUACUCGUCAGGAGGAAGAACUUCAGGCUAAGGAUGAGGAGCUUCUGAAGGUGAAGGAGAAACAGACAAAGGUAGAAGCAGAACUCGAGGAGAUGGAAAGGAAACAUCAACAGGUUUGUAUACACAAUCUGACCUAUUCACAAAGUCGAACCUUAUUCUAAUAGCAUGUAUGACUUUAUUAUCUACCUAGGCAAAACUAACAUCUUAACUUUCUGUGGUUAGAUACAUCUAGCUAGUUUGUGUAGGAAUAGAAAGCAUAUUGUGUGAUCAAAUAAACACGCAAGGAGUUAUAGCGAAUACAUUUUAAUGACUGGCCUGGAGAAGGGGUAUGAAGCUGCACAGUGGAUCGCUUUUGAAAUUGAACUCAAUCUUUUCUGGAUAUAUACAUAUAAUCAGAGGCAGAUUUAGGGCAGUGUAACUGGUUCCUCCACACUGGGCAUGGAGCUGCAAGGGGCGUCGCAACUGUGACAUAGCACAUGUGCGGAACAGAAGGUGAGAGGCAGGGGACACUGAAUUUUGGCCUUGCACAGGGAGCCACUGAAAUUUGAAAGACCAAAGUAUACCCCUGUAUGCAUACACACCCUCCCUGUAUAGUUUCUCUCUAUGUAUAUGGCUACUGAUGGCAAAAAUAGCUGGAGGCUGGUAUAGUGAACAGGAGCCUGGGCUAGAUAAAGAAUAUAUUUCCCCCCUCUUGUUAGUUUAUUCCUUCUUGGUUCCAUCCUUGAGAACAUCUGGAGGAAUAGACACAAGAUUACAGCAAAUAGCAUCACUCAGAAGUCUUUCCUUCUGGUAACUGGUUGUCUGUGCAUGCUUGUUCUUUCAGUAACUUUUAGGACUGGGUGAGCUAUGCAAGAUGCUCCCAUAACUAUAUAAUAGUUGUUUUUGACAAUAUAUUGAAGGAGGAUUGGCAAUACUUUCUUACUGAAUUUGCAGCUGUUGGAAGAGAAAAACAUUCUUGCAGAGCAAUUGCAAGCAGAGACAGAACUCUUUGCUGAAGCCGAAGAGAUGAGAGCCCGUCUGGCUUCAAAGAAGCAAGAGUUAGAAGAAAUUCUGCAUGAUUUAGAAUCCAGGGUGGAAGAGGAAGAAGAAAGGAACCAAGUGCUACAGAAUGAAAAGAAGAAAAUGCAGGCGCACAUACAGGUAUCCCUUGAUGUGCUGAUGGUAGGAUGAUUGGAAAAUGUCAAAAUUUUGGUACAUUGACUUAUCUUUGGUGAGACCACGUGAAAACUGUGGGCAAGUUAUAAUAUAGCUGAGUUGAGCUUUCUGUUUUUUAAGGACUUAGAGGAGCAGCUCGAUGAGGAAGAAGGUGCUCGGCAGAAGUUGCAGCUGGAGAAGGUAACAGCUGAAGCCAAAAUAAAAAAGAUGGAAGAAGAGAUCUUACUGUUAGAGGACCAAAAUUCCAAAUUUCUUAAGGUGAGAGCAAAUUGUGACACACUCCUUUAGAACUAGUGAAUGUGGAAACAAUAGUGCAAUGCGUGAAAAGUGACUGCUGUGGGAGCCGUCUUGUGGCUCCUCAAUCUUGUAAUCCAGAGAGUGAUUGGCAUCUGUUUGUUGCUUGGAUUUAGGACCCUCCCUGCCCCCCCUCCAUAGAGCAAACUCUUGUCAUGUGUUGUGCCGCUAUCAUGCAGUGAUGUCAUAAGUCAUUCAAAAAGGGUGGGCUUUGCUGUUCAUUCUAUGAAAGAUAGCUUUGAUUUAAUGGUCAUCUUCUAGAGUAGCAUUCUUCAGCCUUUCCAAGCCCAGGUCCCACCUUUAAUCCCAACCUGCAUUUGGAGACCUGUUUCUGUUUGUAUGGCGGUAGUGCUAUUCAUCGUGACCUGAACAUGCACAAGGGUAGUUAGUCACUGGUUUCUACACUUCCUAUUUCGGAUGCCUCCUAGAUUUCAUUCUCCCAUCUCAAAAUCACCAUGAGCAUUUUGGUCAGGGGGAUGACAGCACAUCUCUUCAAGUACUAAAUAGCCCCUGACCCAGUAUCUUCACCCACAAUGGUUCUGUGGAGAAGUCUGCCCCUUUUGAGAAUUGUAGCUUGUUGAACUUUAUGAUGUCCAGAGCAACCCCACCUCCAGUACUCCCUUCCUUGUCCUUGGAGUUUGCGUCCACUGCCCCCCCACUGGUGCUCUCUCAGUCCACCAUUCCAGCUGGCCCAUCCUGGCUCAGAAACUCAGUGUAAACCCCUAUACACAGCAUCCUUCUCCAAAUACAUUUGACACAUGUGUUUACCCCAGGGAGCUCUCACCUCUCUGCACGCUUGUCAGUUCUACUUCUCCCCUAUUUGAACCAUUAAAAACAUUUACCCCUCAUCCCUGGGGAAUGAUAUGUCCUGAACCAGAUGAUUUCUGUCGUGCCCUCUACUAAAUAUAUCUGGAUGAGCCCCGUGUUUUAAUUACGUGGAAGUAAUUAAGUAACAAGGCUUCUUUUCAGCUUGCCCUGCACGUUUUGCUUUAAAAUCUUAGGAGGAUCAGUAAAAUACGGAGGGGCAAUUGAAUUGUCCUGUCCUGUCGCAUCGUUCAUGCAGCCUCAAGUUGUAUCUGCAGAACCCAUGUCUAUUGCUCUGAGCCCAUAUAUGUACUACCUAACGGUUGCUUUCUUUUUCUCAAUUAGGAAAAGAAAUUAAUGGAGGAUAGAAUUGCAGAGUGUACUUCACAGCUGGCUGAAGAAGAAGAAAAGGCCAAAAACUUAGCUAAACUCAAGAACAAGCAGGAAAUGAUGAUCACAGAUCUUGAAGGUUAGCAAUUUCAAGAUUUGCCAUAUGAAGGGACUCUCAGUAAAAGUCGAAAGUAUGCUAACACUGAACGAAAAACAAGCUUAUCACUGCCUUUACGUGUAUCAUUUUCUGGGACCAGAGGUACAAUAAUAGUCUUCCACAGUGUCAGUUUGGCAGCUAUUAGGAUUGGGCAUUUGGUCAGAAAAUAUUUGUUUGAUCAAGUAUUUUUAAAGCACUGUUGGAGCAAUGAUAUUUUAAUCAACUGGCUUGUUACUAAAUAAAAUCAGUGAAUUUACAAGUUGACCUAUGGUCUGUCUGCUCCCAUGUACAUGUUUACAACCACCACCACCACCACCCCCCAAAUACAAUAAAACUCAGUAUAAAAUAAACAAAUCAACAAAAUCCCACACAAACCAUGAAACAGCCUUCGGAAACCAGCUUCAAUACAUUUUGGAAUGCCUAGGGAGAAAAAAAGGUCUUCACCUGGGAUUUAAAAGAAACAGGUCUGGUGCCAGGCAGGUUUCCCUGGGGAGGGUAUUUAAUAUACAAAGGGCCCCAACCAAGAAAACAGGCAAAUGUCAAACAGGGAAGGCAAACUUCAUAUGGCAGAGGGACUCUCAGGAGGGCUUCUUUCUAAAUAAAUAAAUAAAUAAAUAAAUAAAUAUAGUGAAGAGAACAAGAAUUACAAACUGAAUGUUCCCCCCUCCUUUUCCAGAACUCAAAGGCAUAGUUCAGAUAAAAACCAUAGUUCAUGCAAGCACUGAAGUGGAAAGAGGCUGAAAAGUUGCUAAUAUCAAUAUGAAAGAGAACGCUAAUACAUACAUAAAUUGUGGAAUGCAGCAGGUGCAGUUUGUCCUGUAGAGUUUUUGUUCGUGUGCUGAAUGAAUGGCCACCAGUUUGCUAUGAAAGUCUCCCUGCUCCCCCCUCCCCACUACCCGUAUGUAGUUUCUGGGUCAGUUUUUCAGAAAAUGCUAUGUCACAAAUUAUGUCAUACCAUUUUUGUUCCUUUAAGGGGGAAGGGCUUCUGAUGACAAACACAUUUUCAUCUGCUUUACAUUUUUUUAAGUAUUUUUUUUUAAAGCAACUGUUGAACACAAGUCGGUUUUUAAAGACAAGUGUGCUAAAUUGAAAGCAGGCUAGUUCUUUGGUUACCUGUUUCCCCUGCUUUUUUCUUCUAUCUGCCUCAGUAUGUCAACAGUAUGCUCCUGACUACUGCAGGGUGAAGGGGCAAGCAGUCUUCAUUCUCUGUUACUGCUGAUACAUAACUAAAUAGAAAAGCUAAGCUGUGACCUAUCCACUGUCAUAUUCCCCUUCAUGAAAUAUUUGGCAGUAUUUGGUCAAAUAGGAGGUCAGUGGACAACAUUUGACCGGUCAGUGGGCCAACAUGCUAAUCCCAGCUUAACAAAUAAGUUAAUGAAUUAAUCAGGGUAAAUACAGAUUUUCAAAUAUUUGGACUUGCAUCUCUUGGUAUCUUGAGUAUUUCAUUAUUACGAAUGUCAGCACGAAGAAAACUAUUUAGGUUAGCAGUUUGCUUUCAGCAUUGCAAAUGCAAAAGCAUGUGUUCAAAUGUUCCUUUGUGUUUUCUUAAUAGCCAUUUUGGCCGUUGGGCACAUUGUCUUAAUCUGACUUUUGUCUAUGUUAAGUGGAUUUUCAAAAAAAAAAGAAAGAAAGCAGCAUGUCCUUCAUUACUGGAAAAUAUUGAAUCUUAUUCAUAGGAAUUGGGUAUUGCUGUGUUGGCCCUAUGGAAUGACAAAAGAGGAGAAUGUCUUUGUUUUGUACCAACUUCUGCAUUCCUAGAUUGUUAUGUUAGUGCAAAUAUCUAGGCACCUGGCAUCACCAAAGCAAAUUUCACUCCUAUGUACAGUAUACUGUUACUUAUAGAACUUCCUUCUUUCUCCUACUGGGAGACCAGAGCCAUGCCAACAAGAACAGGAUCCCUUCUCUCACUGGGGCAUUCCAGUUUUCAUACCCCUCCCCCCUUCCUUACUCCGAGUUGCCUUCCAGAUCUCACUGACCUCUCUCUCUCUCUCUCUCUUUCUCUCUCUCUGCAAUUUUUUAAACAUCACUAUUUAUGCUGCACAUUAGAAUACUUUCUGGAAGUUCUUAGCAUUUAUUUUUGCUAUCUCAACUUGCUUCAAAAUUGAGUUAUUUUUCUUUAUCCCAAUGUUCUGUUUAUAAAAAUUCCCCCUUCUGCUUUUGGCAUUUGCUGAUGGAUUAUGUUUUGAGAAGAAAUACCAUGAAAUAUUUGCAGUGUUACACUUGCAAUAUCAACAGUAUGUGUAACCCCCUUCUUGGAUUUAGAUGUGCAGUAAUUUUUGGCUGUAAAACGCAUACAUCAUAGAAUUCUGACUUUCCAUACACAUUUACUUAUUUUUGUGUCCUAAUUUGGGAAUAGUUUCUGCCUACAGUGCUGUGGCCACCUGACUUGAUUCUGAAAGUAUUACAGUUCUGACAUUUAGCUAGAUAGGCUGAAAUUGAGUAAUAAGGAUUGCAACUGACAUCCGCCAUAUUUUUGAAGUUCAUCUUGCAAUUUCUUAAGCUAGUCAUAGCCUUUCCUUACACUUAGUAACCUGAUACUGGAAGAAAGUAUAAAGGUGUCACCAUAUACCACUUCAUUGGCAGUCCAAAAUGGAAGAAAAUGUCUUUUUACAGAUUCCCAAAGUGUCUUCCUUAUUGUUUUUCUCCUCUGAGGCAACAGAAAUCCUAUAGUUAGCCUCCCAAGAUCCUGGCUUAACUUAAGAGAUGGAUCUCUCCCAGUUCCUAUUUCUUCCCUCUGCUUGGGAAGUAGACUUUCCAUGAAAUCUUUAGUUGAGGACCAGAAGCUUAUCUUAAUGAACUGAAGGUUUUGUUUUGCCUCUACCAGCAACAGUCAACAGGCAGGAGUUUUUAGUCAUCUUUUUGAGACUGAGUGAGGAGAUUCUAUCCCCAACACAAUCUCACCCAACAGGAAAUUGGCACAUUUCCCACCUCAGCCUCUUCUGUGACCAUCAGCCAUUGACUACAUAUUUCAGACAAGCUCCUCGGGAGAGUUACCGUAUUUUUCGUCCCAUAGGACGCUCUGUCCCAUAGGACGCACCUAGUUUUUUUGGGGGGGAAAUAAAGGAAAUUUUUUCCCCUGUAUUUCCCCCCCAAAACCAGGUCGGGGAAACCAAACCAGGUCGGGGAACAGCGGUAUGGUGGCGCUCCGCCUCCCCGCUGUCCCCCGAGCUUGUGGGGCUGGCUCUGGGGAGAAGCGCGCUUCUCCCCAGCGCCAGCCUCCAAACCAGGUCGAGGAACAGCAGGAUGGCGGCGAUGCGCCUCCCCGCUGUCCCCUGAGCUUGUGGGGCCGGCCGAUGUCUGCCCGAAGUGCGGGGCGCUCUGCUUCAGCGCGCCCCGCGCUCUGUGCAGCAGGCUGCUAUCCGCAGCCUAGGGAGCCCUGCGGAUGUCUGCCCGGCGUGAGGGGCGUUCUGCUUCAGGGCGUGCCGGGUGGCAGGCUGCUAUCUGCAGCGUGGGGAGCCCUGCGGGAACUCCCGCAGGGCUCCCCAGGCUGUGGAUGUCUGCCCAGUGCGAGGGGCGCUCUGCUUCAGGGCAUGCCGGGCGGCAGGCUGCUAUCCGCAGCCUAGGGAGCCCUGCGGGAACUCCCACGGGCUCCCCCGGCUUGCUGAUAGCUUCCUGAAGCCUGGAGAGCAAGAGGGGUCGGUGUGCACCGACCCCUCUCGCUCUCCAAGCUUCAGUGAAAGCCUGUAUUCGCCGCCCCAUAGGACGCACACAGAUUUCCCCUCCAUUUUUGGAGGGGAAAAAGUGCGUCCUAUAGGGUGAAAAAUACGGUACUUUUCAGUAGUGCUUUAAAUAACCAACAGAGGUACUAAAGAGGUUCCAAAUACUUUUCAGUUUUCUAUAGGAUUUCUACAACCAAUAAUUGUAGAGUACUUCUGGAUACUCCAAAGAUUCUUCAGUGGCUUUUAGCCAGAUUUCUACAGUCAACUUCUUACUAGCAAAUAGUUCCUUUUAUUUGAUACAGAUGGAAACUUGUCGGUUGUGCUUUCCAGAAGCUAGAGCUAGCUGCCUGCAAGAGUCUCUUUUAUAGUCUCCAGAGAGCAAAGGAAAGCACAGAGAACCCUUUUAUGCACAAGCUAUGCAAUCAUGUUUCAGAGUAGAAACUUUUUAUAAACUAAAUAUUCCUUAAUGAAAUGCAUAAUGCAUCAGACCCAAAAUGCAUCAGGUUGUCAUUUAAGAUCCUUCUAUUCCCUGCGAAGUUAUUGCCUCAGCUAAGUGCUCUUUUUCUUGUCUGCACAAAUGCAGGUGCACACACAGGCAUAACUACCUUAGAAGUUACUGUGGAAUAAAUUGAUGUUUUUCAGGAGCUUUUGGACAAGAGGGUUCUAAUCAUGGUCUCCCAGGGCUAGUCAAGUUCUGUUCCUUAGCUGGUGAACCUCUGCUCUUGUCAGAGAACAAUCAGGCUUCCUUACUAAACACCUUGAUUUGUACUGUCAUCAAGUUGUGAUUUUGGUAAUAGUUUGAGGACUUUGUGGGGAGAAGUUCCUUUCCUUAAGAAGUCUGCCUCCCAGGUUCUAGAGAUAGGUAGCCCAGGAUAUCUUGGUCCUUGGCACGGAAAAGUCAAAUGGCAGUCCCAUCACUGUGAUAAAAACAUCAAUAGUCAUUAUUACAUAAGUGACAUACAGAGUUGUUCUAGUCCCAGUUUUGUUGCCUUGGAAGAUAGCAGAAAUUAAUCAGAUAAGAAAUGAAACAUCACUGUUACUCUCUAGGGUUCAUUUAUGUUCUUAACAACACUGAUUUUAAACCCAGACUGCAUCGUUCUUCAUGUUGGAAGUGUUCAAACAGAAUGCUAUUUGAAACAUGAUAAUUUCCAGGAGCUCUGUCCUAUGGUAGUGAUCUGUAAGUUAGAUGCUCUAAAUGUGUACACUGAAUUCUGGCAUUUUCACUUGGGAUUGAUGCAACUCUAUGCCCCUAAAUCUUGAAUUAGCCAUUUGGUUGCCUUCAUUUUUAGCAAGUUCAGCCUUGGCAUGCUCUCACAAGAUAGUGUUUAGGAGACAAAAAUUCCCCACUUACCAUGAUUGUUUCUCCUAAAGAGCGCUUGAAAAAAGAAGAAAAGACUCGUCAAGAACUGGAAAAAGCUAAAAGGAAACUUGAUGGAGAAACAACUGAUCUACAGGACCAAAUUGCAGAGCUGCAAGCCCAGAUCGAGGAGCUAAAAAUCCAGCUUGCCAAGAAAGAAGAGGAGCUGCAGGCUGCUCUUGCCAGGUAGAAUAUGCAAAGAUAGUGCCAGGUUAUUUGGUAUUGUAGGGUGCUAUUAAGCUAUUACUGCAUAUUUCUGCUUUGUUGGCGCUGGGGUGCCGUGUAAAUUGCACACUCCACAGCCCAUCCCAGUAUCACAUGUGUUUUUUUCUGAGUAUCACCAAUUUCCUUUCAUGACAGGGAAAAAAUAAAAUAAAAAUCAGGAGCAGCAGUGGGCCUGUGCAGAUGUCAAGGAGUGUGUGUUGUCAGGUGGUGUCAUGGCAUCUGCAAGGACUCAAAAUCUAGUCACUGUUGCUAUCAACGCCAUUUGAUUUCCACCUCUUAUUAGAUCUCCCAUCUGCGACUAGAUAGACAGAAUCCAGUACACUGCCAAAUGGUUCUUCACUGAUAAGUUUUCUUGUGGAAGUCUAGAACUCCUACUUGCACUCCCAACGUUAUUUUUAAAUUUAUACCCCGCCCAUCUGGCUGGGUUUUCCCCAGCCACUCUGGACAGUUUGUAUAAAAUACAAUAAUCUAUAAUACAAUAAUCUAUUUGAAUAGGCUUUUUGCAAAGCCUGGACCCCAAGCUUCAUUCUUAUUCUAUAAAUUGUGUUGUGUUUCCAGAGGGGAUGAGGAAGCUGUGCAGAAGAACAAUGCGCUGAAAUUAAUACGAGAACUUCAAGCUCAAAUUGCAGAACUGCAGGAGGACCUUGAAUCAGAAAAGGCUUCACGAAACAAGGCUGAAAAGCAGAAGAGAGAUCUAAGUGAGGAGCUGGAGGCACUGAAGACUGAGCUGGAAGAUACCUUGGAUACCACAGCAGCUCAACAAGAGCUCAGGUUAGUAGAAGACUAGAUACAUAACAAGGAAUGUGUUCAUAAUGCUUUGAUUCCUCAUAAAGAACAAGCCCUAUUCUGGUUAAUCUGAAUUCCUGGCUACAACUCUCUGGGAGAUGUAAUGAUUUUGUUGAAUCAAAGCAACAGUAAUGACUUACAUCUGUGUAAAAACUCUCACACAGGAAGAGUUUCCAAAAGUAACGCAGCACUCCUUAUAUUGUAAUAAACUUAGGACUGCCUCAUGUCUUCUGACACAGAUUAAUCUCCAGUUUGGUGUUUUUUGUAACAUUUAAGUGGUGGUGGCUCUCCCUUGCCACAGAAAUCUGCCUUUGGGGAAUAACAACUAAAACUAAAACUUGGUUAUUCUACCCAAACUGGAUUCUUCUUACCGCUACUUCUGGGCAAUGCUGGUAGAUUGCUUGUUUCUGAAAACUAUCUUAAAUUUGCAUAGAGGCAAAAAUCGUUGGAAAAUAAACACUGUGGUAGAAAGCUGCUCAGACCUUCAGAUCUUGACUUGCUGGGUAUUCCUUAGGACAAAGCGUGAGCAGGAAGUUGCUGAACUGAAGAAAGCUCUUGAGGAAGAAACAAAGAAUCACGAAGCCCAAAUUCAGGAUAUUAGGCAGAGGCAUGCAACAGCCUUGGAAGAGCUCUCGGAACAGCUUGAACAGGCCAAACGAGUGAGUGGAAGAUGCACGGGAGACUGCCUCAGAGCCCUUUGUAUAUACUCUGUUGGGUUCAGUUGAAGGAGGGCAAGAUAUUCAUAUAUUAAAUAAUACAUUCAAACAGAUGUUAAUACUCUUCUUUCAUAAUAUAAUCUCACAGUGGAUAUGGCUGCCAUUUGUCUACUUAAGUCAGUUGAUCUUGCAUUUUUUUAACCAACCUAUCAGCAGUUUUGAACAGAACAGCAGAUAAACGUCCAAUAGAUUAAGGAUGAAAAUGCAGUAGUCUUUGCUACCUAUCUCAGAAAUGCAAGCUCAUUUGACUUUGCUCAUAUGGGUGUUGCUCACAGAUAUGCACCUAAAAAAUAUAAAGUGUUAAGAUUUGAGUCGUCUUGCGUCCCCUGUAGAAUUGUGAUCUACAGUGGCAGCUCCUGCUCCACCCUAGGUAUAUAUUUCUGGCAAAUGAGGCCUCACUUUUAUGAUUUAAUUGCUCACAUAACCAUUGUUGCAACCACUGUUAUAACUGUAACCGGUAGCAUACGUGUCCGUGUCAAAUUCAUGCAUUUGUAGACACUUCCGCAGUAAAGUGUUAAAGUUGUGUUGCAAUGCAAUAUCUAAAGCUGUUCGGUUUCAAAAACAAAUUCAUAUUGAACUUGAAGCAGCUAAGAAUUCAAAUCAGAUGGCCAAACUUGCGGUUCCUCAAAUGAAGAAGCCAGUGAAUUUUAGUCUGAAUCUAGAAAAAAUAUUUUUGCUGCAGGUGAAGCCUAGCUUUCAUAUUGCAGGUGAAGUGUAAUUACCUUUCUUUUGCUUCUAGUUCAAAUCAAAUCUUGAAAAGAACAAGCAGUGCUUGGAAACAGAUAACAAGGAGCUGGCCUGCGAGGUGAAGGUGUUGCAGCAGGUUAGAUCUGAAUCGGAGCACAAGAGGAAGAAGCUGGAUGGGCAGGUACAGGAAUUGCUGGCCAAGGUUGCAGAAGGAGAGAGGCUGAGGACAGAACUUACAGAAAAAUCAAGCAAACUGCAGGUAAAGAUUUGGAUGGGCGAUUCUUUAGCUUUUUCUCACGAACUCUUGGUCAGACUACACAGUUUAGUGAACAUCCUUCUAAAAUGCUCCUGCUUGAUACAGAUGUAGUAUUUUGAAAAAUUGGUGUGGCAUUAAUGUCAGAUAAUAGGACGGGAGCUGCUGCUGGUAAUACUUUGUGUUACACUAGUUAUCCUUUGGUGAGCACAUGCAAAGUUUCUGCUUUGCAUUGAUAUGGUUCUUGAAAGUUGAAAUAGUUUUAAGCUCCUGAAAAAUGCAACGUUACUGUUCCUCUCGUGGCAAGGAGACUGUUUAUAGAGCUCUAGUACCAUUUCCCCUGUCUUGAAGUGUCCAUUUUCCCCCAUGCAAGUCACAUCCUGCUCAGAGAAACACUUUGAAGUUUGAGAAAGUUACUUAAACCAUCAGAGUGAAAAUUACUCCUCAUUCUGCUCACUACAGAUUCAGUAGAGUUAAAACUAAAGAAUCAGUUUCUUAGGGAGGCUGUUGAAACUUUUUGUGGAAGUUUUCAAUAAAAGUAUUCAAAAGUUCAUAAGAAAUGUAGGCCUUGGGUCAGGACUAUGCUCCAGGGCCUUGCAUCCUUUCCGGCCAUUUAGUAUAUAACAAACAUAAUGAGCAGUAUAAAUGUCAGAGAGAUGGUUCAUGGGUGUAGAAUACUUUGGGGAAAAUCUGUACCAAUCAGAAACUGCUGCAAUAGGCAGAGGAGAAUAGUUUUAAAAUUCUCUUACAGUUUAUCAUAACACUUUAGGACUUAUCAUGAAAUAUAUUGGAAGUGUUAAAGGACGGUAUUUUAUUUUAUUUAUUUUGCAGUCUAAGCUGCUUCAGGAAAAUUCUACAGUAAAAAUGUGCACAGGGUCAAACUUCUAAGUAAAGUAAAUUUCGAGCCUUUCAACUGCCACUUUAUUUUGAAGCUGUAAAAAAACUUCACUCAUGUAAUACACAACUGCCCAGUCAUGCAAAGAGAACUGAAACACUGUUUUCCAGCUAAUUCCAGUUUACCAUACUAGAUUAGAUCAGGUCAGGUCAGAGAACUAGAACCCUAUAGGAGUUCUGUUAGCUGUGUUUGACAUAGGGCAGCAGAACCAGAAGCAAGCAUGCCUAAAAGGUGGAUUAUACAACUGGAUUACUUUAAAGUAGCUGCAAAAGAAAUGUCUUGUAAAUGGGUGCACUUGGGCUACUUUUGGAAUCAAUAGAAUGCAGUUGCUGUUAUCAAAGUACUUGUCAGUGUCAUGGAGGAAACAAAUAGCAAGAUUCUCCUUAGUUCCAUUGCAGUUUCUCAAAUCUGCUGCAUGUUCUAAAGCGAAGUCUCAUGUAAAUAGUCGCAGGCAUAGCAAUGAGACAUCAGAACAUAGAUAUUUCAAAUAUUGGCUUAGAUGAAUACUGUUAUGAAUAUCCUAUACCGAGGAUGUCGCUUUGGGAAAACACAUUUUCUCACAAGCAAGAUGUGAGUACAUUACCUCUAGAUUCCUUUGCUUUGCAGAAUGAGCUGGAGAGCGUCUCAAGUCUCCUGGAAGAAGCAGAGAAAAAAGGCAUUAAAUUUGCCAAAGAUGCUGCCAGUUUGGAGUCUCAGCUACAAGAUACGCAGGUAUGUCUAAAAUUCUAGAAUGCACGUUUGUUUGAAAUUCUUUUCUGCCAUUCUAUUCUCCCAUAAGUCAGCAAAAAAACCUAUAUAUAAGCCAAGCAAAAAUUAAAAUGGAAGUACAAGGGGCUGGUUGUAGUUGUGCUCUUCUGCUCAUCUAAGAAAUUUUGAUCCAGUGGACACCUCAGCUAACUGAAGAGCAGGGGAGACCUUUUUUGCAGCUGCUCACCCUGCCAAACUUUGCUCUGACAUAUUGGAAUCCUCUAGAACAAUGUGGAUAAAAGCUGCAGUGGGAAUUGGUGAAAAUCGCCUCCCCUCCUCUUUCAUUAGUGGGGACCUCCACUAGAUCAAAGGACUCCUGUUCAUGGAAGGGCACAAGCCAAUGCUGCCCUGAGUAUAAAUCAGUCAUUAUACAUAAAAUCAGAAGAAGAGAAGCAAAUUAAUUUCACUUAUGAAGGCCCUGCAAAAUAGAAAGGUGUUCACGGCAAGCUGGAAUGCUAAUAAGAGGGAAGCCAAGCUGGGCCUCCAUGCAGCUGUUAGAACGGCGGCUGCUGUAGUGCAGAUAAUACAACUCCUGUGAACUUACAUGCCUGUUUCUGAAAGAGUUAAGGCCCAGGCAUUUCUGAGCAACAGGUGUGCAGGUGACCCAAAGUGUUUUCAGAUCUAGAACAUGGAGCAGCACCCUUAGAUGUUCUUGGUUCAUUCCUUAUCUGCACAGUGGAAAUAAAGGUAUUCUGUCUCAAGAGUUGUGCUGAAGAUGAACAAGACAAGGUUUUUAAUUGCAUGCUCACAUUUAAAAUAAUGGAUUCCCUUGCAAGGAUUUGUUCAAACCUUUAACACAACUUUGGACAUUUUAUGGCACAGGAUCCCUAUGUCCUUUUGAUGCUUACACUUGCUUCUGAGAAGCAUGAUGGGUAAUACAGCAGUGGUAGCAUCGCCCAGUUUCCACUGUAAUGCAUGACCAGCUCUGGCAAUUCUUAAGUUCCCUUUUUUUGUUGUGCAAUUAAUGUCAUUUUCCUAAUGGCAGCAGUCUCAUCCCGUUCCCUGACAAUAAGAUGCUGGGAUAUUUCCUCAUUUUAACGGAUGACUCUUUUUGGCUGGGACCAGUUAACUGCUUUUAGAUCUGUAACGAUGCAUCUCAUUACCAAAUUGUAUAACAAUGAGUUAAUGCUUUCAGAUUGCACCAGCAUAAACUUGACAUCCUUACCCAGCCCCGUACCAUCUCACAGCAAGGAAAUAUCCCCAUUCCAUACUGAACACCACCGCGUCAGGCUAAGUUCAGAUUCUCUCAGGACAAGUGAUAAACAUGAGUGCGUUUUUCAUUCCCACAACAGGAGCUGUUGCAAGAGGAGACUCGCCAGAAACUGAACUUGAGUAGCAGGAUUCGACAGUUGGAGGAAGAGAAGAACAAUCUGCAGGAGCAGCAGGAGGAAGAGGAGGAAGCCAGGAAGAAUUUGGAGAAACAGGUGUUGACUCUGCAGUCUCAGGUGAGAAGCCAUGGAAUAUACGGGCAAUUGCACAUCUCUGUGUUUUUCUUCCAGCCAGGUUUGUCUUAGACUAGUUUAAACUGAAUUGGCUUUUCCUGACUCUUCAUUACUGUAUCUCCAGUACCGGAGCAGGGAAGCGUCAGGAGCUAUGAACUUUUGGCAAGGCGCACCACUCCUGAUUUCUUGCAAAGCAUUUCAAGGUUACACCAGUCUAUUUACCUGUUAGCUUGGAUAGUGGAUGCAGCUGCCUUGGGUAUUCCCACCAAUUCAAUACAAUAAAUUCAGUAAAAGUGGAUCUAGUUCACACUGCAGUAAAAACAAAUGUGCAGGUAGUCUGUACUACUGCAGGUGGCAACUGACCUGAAUGAAGAAAUGUUUCUCCAUUCUAUCUGGUUCUAGCCUAGGCAUCUGCUGUCCUUGUGUGUAAGCCCUCACCUGCACACAGCUUUCCAGUGAGAACCUUGCCAUCUCAAUGGAAAACAAGCCAACUUCCACUUGCACAACGCAUGUCUGUCUCUUUGCCAAACACAGAAAGGUCAUAACGAUGUUAUUUUCUGUUGCUCAUUAAACUCAGCUCGCUGAUGCCAAAAAGAAGGUUGAUGACGACUUGGGGACUAUUGAAGGAUUGGAGGAGAACAAGAAGAAACUACUGAAGGACAUGGAACUUCUGAGCCAGCGUCUUGAAGAAAAGGCAAUGGCGUAUGAUAAGUUGGAGAAGACCAAGAACCGUCUUCAGCAGGAGCUGGAUGACUUAAUAGUGGACCUUGAUCAUCAACGCCAAAUUGUUUCCAACUUGGAGAAAAAACAGAAGAAGUUUGAUCAGGUAUGCCACUAUAUAAAUCCUCUUGCUUUCUUCUUGAUGAUACAUGUAGCAGUUAGCUAUUAUUUGCCCAGUAAUCUUGUUACAUAGGCAUUUUCAUGAUCUACCUGUGAGCUGUUGUAAUAUCUAAACUGGUUUUCAGCUGGCUACUUAACUUGGGGCUUGCAGGAAUCCUAAUGCAUUCUUGAGAAACAGGAUCAAUAUUGAGGAAUUGGGGAGAGGAGAAGAGAUGCACUCUCAUCUCUUACAUUCACUGUGGUUCCCCAGAGCUUCUCAAGGUUGAGAUGCAAAGUAUCAAACUACCAUGGUAAUUUGGAAGCUAAGAGCUUGAAAUCUAUAUUUAUGUCUGACUUCUUCCAACUUUGCAUAUGUUGCGAUGCUCAGAUGCUGGCAGAAGAGAAGAACAUAUCUGCCCGCUAUGCAGAGGAAAGGGACCGUGCAGAGGCCGAGGCAAGAGAAAAAGAAACCAAAGCCCUCUCUCUAGCGCGAGCCCUGGAGGAAGCUUUGGAGGCCCGUGAAGAAUAUGAGAGGCAGAACAAGCAACUCCGGACAGAGAUGGAAGACUUGAUGAGUUCCAAAGAUGAUGUGGGCAAAAAUGUGAGUGGUGUACUAUUUGCAUGACUGAGAAUGGUGCAGUACAGUUUGAACAAGUGCUUCAAUGGUUGUAUUUCAAAUUGAACUUUGGGCAGUUGGAGCACAUUCAUUCUAAUGUUCUGAGAAGACUUCUGGAAUUCUGUAUGCUUCAACAGCUGCGUGCACUGGAAGGUUCUUAAAACACAAACACUCAUAGUUCUAGGGUUAAAGUUGCACGUCUUUGUGAAUUUUUGUCAUUGUUGUAACUUCAGCUUUUACACUCUGUUGAACAUAAGAGCUCUGCAUUCUCUACUAUGGUAGUGUCUUCCAUCCCUGUGCUCUCCAAAGGCAGAAGCAAAUGUGGCAUGAGCACUUGUGUAUGUGUUCUAGGUCGGUGGUUCCCAAUAUUUUUGGUAGGGCAGCCCACAAGUGCAAAUCUACUUGGUCUGAUGACCCAACAGUAUAUUGUCGUGUGAAUUUUGGACCUCAGGUCUUGGGGGGAGGCAUCAUUGGCAUGCAUUUUAUCUGCAAGUUUGGCAAUUUUAUACCUAUUACUUGAGGCAUCCAAGCAAAAAUCUUACUUAAUGCCCCUAUUAAUGUAGGAUUUGUUGAAAUAAUUAUACUGCUUAAGAAGCUACUCACAGGUUGUUGUUGUUAUUUUUUUUAAAAAUGGGAAUGUAAGAACACUAAUCAUUUGAUUGCGGCUGUAGGUUCAUGAAUUGGAAAAAUCCAAGCGCACCUUGGAGCAACAAGUGGAAGAGAUGCGAACACAGUUGGAAGAGCUGGAGGAUGAGUUGCAAGCCACAGAAGAUGCCAAAUUGCGCCUGGAAGUGAACAUGCAAGCCAUGAAAGCACAGUUUGAGCGGGAUCUCCAGGCUAGAGAUGAGCAGAAUGAGGAGAAGAAGAGGCUCUUAGUAAAACAGGUAAAGCUUUUAACAUACGGAAGUAACCAUACUGGUGGUUAUAAGUUCUGUUAAGCAAGUGUCCCUCAAACUAAAGUGGUAGAUCGUUGGAUUUUAUUAAGCUUUGAAGAUGGAAGCACAAGUCCUUCCAACCCCAUUCAUGACAGUCUAGCAAUUUCCAUGCAUGCUUGAUUAUUCCUUUGAAAGGGCAGUGGCUGAAGCAUUCUCAAAGUGCCAGAUUUUGUUUCAUUUUGGCUUUUUCCCCACCCAGGUUUUGUAGGGUGCAUAAAGCUGAAAAUCUCUGGUAAAUAAAGCAGAAAAUCUUAAUUUGUAUUAAGUCCAUAGCGAUUUAUCAUAAUCUUGCAUACGUGUGUAAUGCCUAUGGAUUCAGUAUUCACUGAACCAGUGUUAGAAAAAUGCCAGGUGGGGGGAAGCAGUUUGCUGGCUCUGUGGUUUACAUGACGGAGGGCAGGUAGAGUGAACAUGGAUCAUGGAAUUUAUAGCUUCCUUUCUGCUGUUGAAAUUAAUGUACAGAGUGCUGAGCACUAUGAAUAUGGAAACAGUCAAGGAGGACCUGUUGAUUUAUCAACUGUAAAGGAGGACUGUAAACUGCUGGCUUAGGAGUUUUGCUUAGUGCAGAUGUCCUUCAACAGGUCUCUUUCAAUUCUAGUAUGGGUGCUGCUGACUGGAGGUUCUUAUUGAGGUAGAAAUAGGUGUUGCUUUCUACUGCAUGCAAGCUGCUGUAAAGUCUGUUAAGAAAAUGUCUUUCAAGUUCUGAUUCAGGAAAUUAUGCCAUAUUUUUUGCCUCUUUUUUAAUUUGGUUUUGCGAUAAAACACAUUAAGUUGUUUAUGAGCUCUUCAGUAGGUUUUUUAAGGGUUUUUUGUUUUUUUUUUGCAUAGUUGAUCAUAAAUUACUUUCCAUUUUGCUUUGAAGAAUUAAUGAGACUACACAAAGCUUUUAUUGUCUCCAUUUUGGGAACCAGUGUACCAUGAACAAGUGUGCCCUUUUGGCCUUACUAUGAGGUUAACAAUUACGGUUGGCUUCAAUAACCUGUAAUAUUAAGCUUUUGCACAGGAGCUAUGGAUCAAAGGAGAUAGAAGCUCUUGGUGAAAAACUGCUCAUAAAAUUACUGGACAAGUGAAAACAUAGCUGAUUGUAGCCCAUGUAGCUCUUCUGCAUUUUUGUCUGCUUAUAUGCCCUCUGCUUGGCUUGUCUCGUGAACAGCUAAUGCAGAUUAUCAGAGGUUUUCUUUACGGCAUCCUCAUAAGGGCAUGUGGAUCCUAUAGUCUGUGUUUUUAUUUAAAUACCGCACAAAUGUUUCCCCUGGACUUCAUCCUUCCUUAUAGGCAGCUCCAAACUGGGGGACUUUUUUUGAAUUCUUUUCUUUUGUCUUCCUGUUUUCCUUGUUACUGAUUUACCCUGUAGGUCCGAGAGCUGGAAGCAGAAUUGGAAGAUGAGAGGAAGCAGCGUGCUUUGGCUGUGGCAUCCAAGAAGAAAAUGGAAGCAGAUCUGAAAGACCUAGAAGCUCAGAUAGAGGCUUCAAACAAAGCCCGCGACGAAGCAAUCAAACAGUUGCGCAAGUUGCAGGUGUGCACAGCUAUUCCAGAAAUAAUUUAAUCAAACCUUGGCCCCCAAAGUCCUUAUCAGCUUCUCCUUACUGUAACAGAGAAGAGGACCUGGAUAACCUGAAUAUAAUUAACAUUAAUAGAAACAGGAUCUAAUCAAAACUGGAUACUCUAGAUGUGUAGAGUAAAUUCUGGCCAUGUGAUUGGUUGGCCAAGUUCUCAGAAUAAAUGUCUUGGUCUUAAGAUGCCUUUUAAAUUUCAGGCUCAGAUGAAAGAUUAUCAGCGUGAACUAGAAGAGGCCCGGGCAUCUAGAGAUGAAAUCUUUGCUCAGUCGAAGGAGAAUGAGAAAAAGCUCAAAAGCCUUGAAGCAGAAAUUCUUCAACUGCAAGAGGUAUGGCACGGAAAGCUGCCUGAGAUAUACCCAUGGCUUAAGGUGGAGAUAGGAAUGUUUUGACUCUUAACAUUCUGCAAGUUGAGUGUGUAUAUUUUACAGAUGCUUUGCAGUUGAGUGUGUGUGGUUUUGGCACAACUUUUAAAGCGUACACGCUGAAAUGGUUCAUUUGUUUGAAGUAGUUGAUUUGAAUACUUUUCAAGGAUCUGGUAGAGUCAGGCUUCAGUAUCAAACUCUCUUGGGCUAGGGCAAUGGUAUAAACAAAGUCCAGGUAAUAUGUGAGCAGGGGAACUUCACAACAUGGUUAAACUAGGCUAGAAGCAAAGCAUAUUAAUUUCUUAAAAGCAAAAGGCUUCUUGUGCAGGCCUGUUUGAUAGUGAUAUUGGGCACAACAUGGUAGCUUUCUCUUCCUUCCCCCCCAUAUGUUUGGAAAUGGUUUUGCUUGCUGAAGCUAGUGAGAUUCCCAUGAAUAUAUAUUUUCAGGACCUUGCUGCCUCCGAGAGAGCCAGACGCCAUGCAGAGCAAGAGAGAGAUGAGCUGGCUGAUGAAAUUGCCAACAGUACCUCUGGAAAGUAAGUAACUCUGGGUAGACUUCUCCACCUAUGGCAGCCAUUAUGUGGCAGAAGCGUUCUGUGUCUGCAGCAGUUGCUGCACAAACCUCAGUACGUGUGACAACAGCCUAAUCUCUUAGCUGAGUUUGUAGUGAUCCUCUGUUGUCCCCCUGUGUAGAUCUGCCUUGCUUGACGAGAAGCGCCGCUUAGAAGCCCGAAUUGCACAGCUGGAGGAAGAACUAGAGGAAGAGCAGAGCAACAUGGAACUCCUCAAUGAUCGUUUCCGCAAAACCACUCUGCAGGUAACCCCUUUUGUGUUAGCUGGAUGUUUUCUACUUGUCUCCCUAAAGGGGUGAGAGUGUUUAAACAACUGCUUGCCUUUCUUAAAGGUUGACACCCUGAACUCUGAGCUGGCCGGAGAGCGGAGUGCCGCCCAGAAGAGUGAGAAUGCACGCCAGCAGCUGGAGCGGCACAACAAAGAGUUGAAAGCUAAGCUUCAGGAGCUGGAGGGUUCAGUAAAGUCCAAGUUCAAGGCAACCAUUUCAGCACUGGAAGCAAAGAUUGGGCAGCUCGAAGAACAGUUGGAGCAAGAGGCAAAGUAAGCACAGCACACUCUGAAAAUAGUGUUUCCAGGAGGCUGAAUCAUGAUUUGAUUUUGAAAAAGCAGAAUUUAUUCUGAAACACCUUUUCUGGUAGCUGUUAAUGAAACAAGAUAGUCAUCCAGCAAGAAGCUUGCAAGCCCAAGGAAUAAUCAUCAUCCAGUGCAGGCAUUUGUGUGAUCUUAAUCAAGUUUAUUUCUGAUGGUGUGAUUUAUUUCUUUGAUGUUAGCACUGCUUGAUGCAUGAAUUGUUCCUGUAGAUCAGUGGUGGCCAAACUUGGCCUUCCAGGUGUUUUGGGACAGCAAUUCCCAUCCCUGACCACUGGUCCUGUUAGCUAGGGAUGAUGGGAGUUGUAGUCCAAAAACAGCUGGAAGGCCAAGUUUGGCCACCACUGCUCUAGAUGGUUAUGGGAACCCACUUCAUCAUCAUCAUUAUUAAUUUUUCUAUUAUUUCAUUUAUGAAUCUCUUCUAACACCUCAAAGCAAUUUCUAAUAACUUAUAUAAAACAGUACAUAAAUAAAAUAAGUUAAAACAAUUGCAUAUAUAACACAGUUUUAAAGACAACUGUAAAUAUAAAAACAGCAGCACACACAUAAACUCAGUUCAAAUCCAAAACAAAUACCAGUUGGGAUACAGAUUUUAGAAGGUUUGUUGAAAGUGGAAUGACGUUAGCAGGUGCUGAUAAGGCAACAGAGACGGCACCUGACUGAUAUGCAAUGGAAGGGAGUUCCAAAUGGUAGCUGCUGCCACACUAUAGGCCUCAUUCUGACAUCAUAUGGAACAGACCUCCUAAGUGAAUGAUAAUUGCAGGUUGCCCACUUGUGCUGGAUGCGGUGAUUAGUUGGGUAUGUAGGGAAUGAGGCAAACUAUCAAGUAUCCUGGUCCCAGGUUCUGUAGGGCUUCAUACACUAAUACCAGCACUUCAACCUAGCCUGGUAGCUAAUUAUUCUCACUAGUGCUUUAUUUUUCUGCUGUGGGUUCAUGGAACCUUCACCUGUGGUUGGUAUACAUUUGGGCUCUGUUGCACUGACUGGUCUGUUACCUUUUUGACAUCAAGUUGAGUGAUCCCACUCUGUUGACUUACCUUAGGGAGAGAGCAGCAGCCAACAAGCUAGUACGUCGGACAGAGAAGAAGCUGAAGGAGGUGUUCAUGCAGGUCGAGGAUGAGCGUCGACAUGCAGAUCAGUACAAAGAACAGGUGAGGAACUACCUGUGCCACUUAGAAUCUCUGCUGUGGCUAGCCGACUAGAGAAAAUUUUCCCUGCUAAUGCACAUUGGGAAGCAUAGUAGGUUGUUUACAACAGCCUGUAUUGUGGACAGGGAAGGAACCUCAGAAUUGGAGGCUGAGAGCACUCCCUGGUGACUUCCCUUCCUUGGCCACAACCUCUUUCUCCAGGCCAACCCCCCUCACUGGUCCUUCAUCGCACUCUCCGUGUUUUUGCAUGGCUGAAAUGUGUCUUUGAACUCUGAUAAUGCCUCCCACUUGUCUGGAUGAAGGAAAGAAGGUGUGUGAGAGGGGGUGCAGAAAGUAGCCUAGUUAAAAUUCAAAUUCAGCGUCCCACCCACUUUUGCUGCUGUUCCCCACCCACCACUAGAAUGUACGCCCAGGAGGGAAUGUUCCCCUUGGGCUGAAAAGGUUCUUCACCCUUGGCCAAUAACCUCCAUGAAGUUCUUUAAGUGAGCAGGCGUGUGCACAUCCUGCAGCAUCUCUGCUGUUAUGGAUCCCAUUCACUUGGGUGUGGAGUCCGGGGGGCUUGUGCAAGCCUCUCCUGCAGCCCAUUCAAACUUCUGCUUCUCUGAUCUGGAGUAAUUGCAAAUGACUGAACUAUACCUUCAGGAGAAGGGUAUUUCUGGAGCAUGCAACUUCUUGCCAUAAGGUUUUAAAAAAAACAAAACUCAGGUAGUGCAUUAGAGAAGAGUUCAACCAAAGUUUUGCCAAAUCCAUGUGAGCAGCACAGGCAGCCAAGGCAGUCAGCACUGUCUGCUUUGUGAAAGUGGACGAACUCGUCAAUCUGCCCCAUGAACAUCCCACAGUGGAUGGAGACCGAAAGAUUGUUACGCCGCUGCCAGAGGUUCUCUGUCUCGAAAAGGGAGUGUAAGUGAAAGAGGACCUCUAAUCUCAUCUGGCGUGUCGUGCGGAUGUUUCUUGCAUGGGGCCUGUUUCUGAUAAUGCUCUGUAGAUGGAGAAGGCCAAUGCCAGGAUGAAGCAGCUCAAACGGCAGCUGGAAGAGGCAGAGGAGGAGGCAACACGUGCUAAUGCCUCACGUCGUAAGCUGCAGCGUGAGCUGGAUGAUGCGACUGAAGCCAAUGAGGGUCUUAGCAGGGAGGUCAGCACUCUGAAGAACAGGCUACGGUGAGUCAUGUGGUGGAAGGAAGGUCAAGGUAGGUGUGGGCAAAUGCUUCGGGGCAGGUCGCUUUUGAGUUGGUGAAUCAAAUGAGCCCCACACAACAUUUCCAGUUCUUUCCCUCCCCCAGUUUGUGAUAGCUCACCUCUAAUGUGGUCCAGAAUUUAAUGGGAGGGUCUGUUGAGUAGCCAGAAUUGAACAUUAUGCUUGAAAUUUAAUAUAGCACUAAGUGGGGGAUGUGGCCCUCUCAACAACAGGACGUUCCCCAACCCCCCAGAGCAGAUUAAGGGGGGGGUGAAGCGGGAGGGGAAUCCUGUUGUGUGCACGCACACAACAGUUUUGUUGAAUCCCACCCCAUGUCUACAGGGUCAGAUCAUUAGCUGAUUGUGCCAGGUAGGCUGAGUGCAAGCUGCUUAUGACAAAUGGCCCUACUCAACUCCUAUACCAAUGAAUGAGAGGGCAAAGUGAUGUAUCGUGAGCUAUAGCCACACAGGUAGCAGGCAUAGUUGUAGGCUUAAGUCUAUCACUGGAAACAUGAUUUAAGUGGUAUUGUGAUCCUCAUCUGUGAGCGCUAUGGUCUCAAUGAGGGGGACUCCUUUAUUUUAAUGUGGCAUGGUGGGUAGCUAGACAUCCUUUCUCUAUGUCCUUCCAACAACCCACUCCUUUCCCUCUUCCUCGUAGGAGGGGCGGCCCAAUCACGUUUUCCUCCAGCCGAUCCGGGAGGCGCCAGCUGCACAUUGAAGGGGCUUCCCUGGAGCUUUCAGAUGACGACGCAGAGAGUAAAGGCAGUGAUAUCAACGAGCCGCAGGCUGCCCAAACAGAGUAGAGCCUCCCCCACACCAUGUCUUACAGCGGGCAUUCCCGCCAAUGUGACUUUUGCUCCAUGCAUUUGGAAGAGGAGGAAGAAGAGGCCCUUACUGGCCACCAAAUUGCCUUGUGGCCCUAGACUUGCCUUAGGCAACACUGGCACACUACCUGGUCAUGCAGGUCAACCCCAGCAUACUGCUGCCUGGCUUUGCCAUGAUGUAGCCUGCUUUGGAUAUAGGUACCACUGCUUCUUUAUAUGUAUUAAAACUGUCUUCGUUCAGUGCUCUUUGUCUUCAAGGUAUCCAUUGUAAAGCCAUUUUCUAAGGCACUGGGCGAUAGGAUUACCCCUCUGUCCCUUCUGAUACACCAUUCCCAAGCAGAAGUUUCUGACACUUUCCUCUUCCCCUUUUCUAUGCAUGUUUAGCUGUAUAGCAAUCACUUGCUUUCUUUUGGUCUCCAAAGUUCUGCUUAUGUACCAGCCCCGACUGCGCCUUUUUCCUGAACAUUUUACGAUAGAUUUAGGUGAUUGACUGUGAAAAUGCCCUGAGGGGCUUCAGGGGGUAACGUACAGCUGAGAGUAGCAUCUCUUCUAGCCAGCAGUUGGUGCUACAUAAUGAGCACUCUUCAACUGUGGGACCUCCAAAUUGGGUUGGUGCUAUGUCCUGGCAGAUUUGAGACCAAAUAAGAUACUAACCACUUUCUUCAGUACUAUUAAUAGUGCUCAGCGCAAAUUGGAUAGUCUCAGCCUGGGAAUUGGAUUACCCCCCGCAGCUACCCAGCAACUGUUUCCUUGCUGGGGGUAGAAGUGUUAAGAUUAGAGCCGCUCUUGCCAGCUAUCUUGAUGCCCAAGAUCAGUGUGUCUGCCAGAGGAUAGCACGAGGACAUUGCCUGUAAAUGGAUACAGCCUGUGGAACUGCUCUCUCCCUUUCAUUUGGACAGUGUUAACUGCACCUAGCUUAGCAUCCUUACUGUUUCAUAGCUGUGAACUGACAUUUACAGAAAGUGCCUUAGACACUACAGUACUAAGACAAUGUUACAUAUAUAAUUUGCCUAUAACAAUGAUUUAAUGUAUUAAUUUUAUCAUAUCAUGUUACAUACACAUCUUCUCUAGUCCAAGUGGUAUUGAUAUUCAGUGAUGAGGAAUCAGUGUUAACUAUGAAAUCUUGAUCUGUUGCAACAUGCUUGAAAAAAAUACUUUUCUUUGGUUACAAGCUUUAACAUCCGUUAUAAAGCUUUUGUUUCUGUGCAUUUGGGUAUUUCUUAAUCCUAACUGGCUGUUGACCACCAGGCAUCUGACUGCAAAUACCUUGUUUCUUUGUAUCUCCAUAUUUCUAGACAAUGAUUUUUGUAAGACAAUAAAUUUAUUCAUUCUAGAGACUCAUUCAUGCUUGG